GCUCCGUGGCGGCGCGCUCGUUGCUUCUGAGCACCGUUUGGAGGAGAGGAGAGGAGGAGAGAGAGACGGAGAGAGCUGUAACCACACCAAGAGUCCACCGAAUGACUGCCUUAGCACGCUGCCAAUGAACAAUCCUCGCAUUCCUAUGUCUGCCACUUGACCCACUGAACGUUACGGACCAGGCUUCCACCUCUGCACGGAUUCAGGAGUCCUACCGCGGGCUGCCCGAUUUUUCAGGUGAGCCGUCCUCUCCCCCUCCUUCCCCUCCUUCUUCGCCUCCUUCUCCUCCUGUGACCGAUUUGUUGUCUGAGUAUUAAUCGUGAUUUUAAAUGAUAAAAAGGGGGGAUAGUGGCGGGUGCGUGCGCUUUUUUUUUUUUUUCUUGCAGUAGCUGUCCAAGGUGCUGAAACGGGCAGUGGCUCGUGGUAAGAGAGGAGAAAAAAAACACAGUGCCUGUGUAGUAGAGCUAGCGUCCUCAUGUUAGGAGCAGGUUGCAUGACUCCGCUGUUUGCAUGCUAUGGGCUAUUUAGCGUUGCAGACUAAAACCUCUCAAAGAUGUCGUGUUGCUGUCGUGGAAAAAAAAGGAUGAAGCUGCAACGUGCAUUACGGUAUUUCUUCCAGCAGCACGGUCUGACUAUGGCUCCUCUGUUUCUAAGCUGCAUUGUAGAGUAUAGCUUUCCCUCCUCCUCUUGAGACGGUGUGUUGUUUUACUGCAUCUGUACCGUUGUCAGGGUCCGGGGUCUUCUCCAGCUCACCUUAUCUUCCCCUUUGCAGCCUCAUGAUACAUUUAGGUGCGGUGUAAGGAUUGCUUCUGCAUCCUCUGAUGUCAACAAACAGUAAAAGGUUAUCACUGUUGCAGGCAUUGAUUUUUGUGCACAAUAAAUCCAUCAGGGAACAAGGGGAUUGUAGUCUCUUUCAAGUUGAACUUUUGCCCGCUCGCUGGUAAUCGUACCGGUGACCAAACCUUGUACAAAAAAUGUCUAUUUUUUGGAGAAUGUCCUCGCCAAGACCUUAUGAAAUGUUUACACAUGUAACCAAACAUGAGUUCUGUCAAAAGCAUACCGCAGACCACAACUUAUGUAAAUUGGCAAGGUAAAGAGUCACAUCCAGGCCUCUAUUGUUCUCCUGCUGGACCCAAAUAUCAUCUUUUUUUUCUCUCUCCACAAACAGGAGCACCUGACAUUUCCUGUGGCAGAUAAAGUCUCUGGAUCAUGGCACAGACCAAUAGUGGCGGGCAGGGCACCAACGGGGUAGCGGACGAGUCCCCCAACAUGAUAGUGUACAGAAAGGUAAGGCUGGUGCUGCUAUUUUUAGUCCGCACGUGUCGGUGUUUGUGAGUGCCAGUGUGUGUUGAAAUCUCUUGCAUUAAUUUACUUGACGAUGAGCUGCGAAAUGAAAAUUGCUCACACUAAUAGCAAGACGGUGUUCCCGCGCCAUGCUUGAUUUAGGGCUGUAAUGCAACAUCAGCUGGGUGAGAGCAUGCAAGGAACGUAUAUUUUUUUUUCACACACAAUAGGCAUGACAUGCAAGUGGAGUGAGAGCAUACUUAAACACAUGCACACUUAUGAGAAUCCCUGACAGGCAUGCACACAUUUUCCUGUAAAACCAUUCGCUGUCAUGUUGGUUUUUAAUGGAGGCAAAGCAGUCGUUUAUUACAUGGCCGGGGGGUGUACUCCUUCACUGUUAAAUCUCUAACUACAUUAGAGGAAUUGAGAAAGGGAGGGGAGUACAACGGCCAAACACCGAGACACCUUAAUCCAGUACUGCUUCAAACAUCAAACAGAUUACUGAAAUAAUCUGCAGGGAAUGUUACAUUUGUUUACUCUUCGGCUUAAGGUCCAGUUGAUGUUCCUUAUAGGAAUUUUAGCAUCUCUAGCAUCUGGGAACUUUAAGGGUCUGAGUUGAGUGUAAUUUUCAUGAUGUUUGAGCCCAUAACAAAGGUAAUUUUCUGUCACUGAGUGACUGACAAAGUUUUCUUGAAUCUUGCACCAUCCUCCUCCAUAAUUGCGCUCGCCUCUCACCAUACCCACACACCAAAACAGAGAAGAAUAGAAAAAAAUCAGAAAGAAAAGCAUGGAGAAAUGGUUGAAAAAGAGGCAGGGCCAGUGUGAGGAGUUUGUUUGGGUUAGGACUCACCCCUGCCAAAUUAGGCUGUACACUCCACCACCCUCAACUCUCCUAUUUACACGAGGGAAAAGCAGAGGGCAGAGAAGACAGAGCCUGUUUCGGCCUCCCUGAGUAUGAGCUUUACCCUGCUCGUAAAACUGUAGUAAAAUUCAUUUAUCUUUGCCGUCUUUACUACAUGACUAUGAUUUCAUUUGUUUUUUUCCACUCAAAGAAUCUCCUGAAUCUCACUGGAGAAACCACCUUGCAGUUGGGAAACUUGUGUUUUACUUUACUCACACCUGCACUGAUGAAGUGAUUACAUUCUCAUCUCACUUACAGAUGACUCAAGCUUUGAGUGAGUUUCUGCAUUUCAUAUUCUUCACCCUUCACUGAAUACACCCAUUUCCAUCUGCGACAGCUUCUUCACACUAGGCCGAGGAUAUGCUUAGCAUGAUAUCAUAGAUUGACUGUAUUUUAUAGCGCUCGCAGCGUGUUAGGCGAUAGCGUUGCCAGUGUGUGACAGAAUUUUCAGGAGAUGUUGCUAUGCUUGCAGCAAACAGGAAGGCUUUCUGCUUUUUGAAAUCAAAAAUUGUAGGAUCUUCUUGAAGCAAAACAGCAACCAGAUACAUGAGAGGAUCUUAUAAAGUAGGCUGGAUAUUUAGGAUUACAGGUCAGAUAAGUGACUGUUUUAUCAUUUUUUAUACAGUGCAUUUUCGUGAAGACAAAGAUGAAAACAUCUCUGCUUAUUUUUCCAUUUUUAUAAAACACAUCGAACAAAUAUGCUGAGGCAUAAAAGACAGUUGCAUCUACAUAUUGACCUAUGUCUCCCCAGGUAUUCAAUUACAUGUGAUGUCUCUUCCUUCCUCCUGCUAUUGAUCCCUCCUUCCUGCUGUUCCAUCAUGCUAUGACGCAUGGAAAGAGUAAAGUAUGCAAAUUAGCCAAACAUCUCCAGCUUGUGCAAGUCUUGCCUUAAAUGGUGUUUUUCUAUAAUGUCUUUAAAAUAAGGAUGCAAGAAUGAUCUGAGUUAAGAAAGUGUUUGUUCCAAAGUGUUGGUUUAGUCAUAGAGGUUUCAUACUUCAUCCAACGCUUCCCUUCACACCACUUGACCACACAUGGCCACAGCUUGGCUCCGCUCACUGACUGACCUAGAUACACCGCAGAGUGAAAGAACAUGGUGAAAGAAGGGUGGAAGAAAUCGUGUUUCUGAAGUGGGUUUAAAUAAAAUAAAAAAAAUGCAGCUGGAAGAGCUCCGUCUGUAGACAUGUUGACUCCGCCAGCAUGAGCUGAAGCCCCGAUUGCUUUUCAACCAAGAUGACUUGGCAGAGGUGUUGCAACCCACACUUAGAUGAGGCUAAUUCUCGAGUGGAAAAGCAGCUUUUAUGUACUGUUCCUGCUGCUGCUCAGACUGCUUAAGCACCAACUUACUGCAGGAAAAUAAUGUUCAUAUCGAGCAGCAUCUACUCAAUAUCUGACAAUGUGCUGGUGGUGUAUAGUAGAGGAAGGAUUAUGUAACUUGAGCAGAGGGAGUUUUAUGGUUGAGGACAGCAGAAAGUGGUUUGAUAGUCGUUCCACUGGGAGCAUAACUAUAUCUUUUCACCCUCUCAAUCUCUCCUCCCCUCUGGCCCAUCCACCCCUCCACUCCUGUCAUUAACGUCUAAUGAAAAUGGAUGGCAGAGCUGAGGUGUUGACCUGCCUGCAGUGGAGAUGUGUGCAGAGAUGUCUGUGUUUUUUUCCCCGUCAUGCACAUACACUAGGGGUGGCGGUUGGCCUUGGGUUUAAGCGUCCGUCCUGUGCACAGAGGCUGUAGUGCUCAUCUUCGAGAUUGCUGGUGUGACUUCCAGCUGCAUGUGUUCCCCAAUCUGAACUACCCACACUCCCUGUCUCGAUAAAGGAAAAAAUGGGAAUAAAAAAUGGAUGCACACAUACUUGCAGCUAUUGAUAAAUAUAACCACAAAUCCACACAGUGUGUUUGAACAGUCAAACGUACAGAAAUGCACGAAAACUCUCAGCCUGUCAGUGAUUUAUUUAGAUCAGUUGCUGCAAAUUUCAUCACUUGCUAUAUGGAUCCAAUCAGGUCCCAACAAGCAAUAUAUCAGAGCUCAUCCAGUUUGUGAGGAAAGACCGAUAAAACGUCUGAUAGAGUGAUUUGGCAGAUACGCACAGCACAUCUGCUGCUCUGCAUCAUUACUUACCAUUUAAAAAGCUGUUCAGAUUUCUUUCUGCUCACAUAUUAACCAAGUCAGGCUCAUAACUUCAAGAGUGUAUGCUAUGUGUUUUUUUUUUUUUCUGCCUGCUCACAUGUGUGCGAUGAAUAAUGCUGUGAUGCAUACAUGAGCGUGUGUGUGUGCCGUAUGUAGGGCAAAUGUUGCUAAGAGAGAAUCGUGAAUUUUUUAUGCACGCCUAAAACAGCUCUGGUGAAGUUCACAGCCAUUCAACGUGAGGAGGGAAUAUCUUCACUCAGCGGGAAGCGUGCACUGUGUAUGUGUAUGUGUUAGCAUCUCUGUAUGUAUGGAAGCAUGUAUGCAGUGUCUGGUAUCUUAAAAAAGUGAAAAGGUGAAAGAAAAUGCACUGUGAUGUAUAAGAUACUCAAAUACUCAUUAAUCCUAAAUGGAUCCAAUUACAUAAUAAUGUUCUGCGCACAUUCAUCUUAACUCAGAAAGAGAAAAUCCACACUAAUGUAACUCAGUAUGCCAUGAAAAUUAGCAUACUCAACCAAAAGUAAAGCAACACACAACUAAGUAUUUUUAUAAUUUAAAAAAGUCUAGUUUAUGAAAUAAAUACAUGGUUAAAAACGGAGAAAAUUUGCUAUCAUUUGUAGCUCUGAAAGAGGAAUAGUACCAUAUAUAAACCACAAUUUCAGAAGCAGAUAUUGCUGCUAUUUAAACUUCAAUAAAUGAACUGCAGGCAAAAAUUUUAAAGUGAAACAAAAAUCCAAAAGGUACACCAGUCAGAGACAAAUAUAUAUAUAUAUAUAUAUAUAUAUAUAUAUAUAUACACACAUAUAUAUAUACAUAUAUAUAUAUAUAUAUAUAUAUAUAUAUAUAUAUAUAUACAUAUAUAUGUAUUUAAAACUCACAUGUUAUCAUAAACAUAGAUUAUUUGAUUAUUGAUUCUAAAAUUGAAACAAACAGUUUCUAAAAAAGAGCUUUAAUUUUUGAAAAUAAAAUGGUUACUAGUUUCAGAAUCCAUUUCUGUCUCACAAUGACUAAGACACCAACCUAAACAAUCUCACUUUUAUUCAGGUUCAGCUUCUCCGUCACUUAAAAAGUUUCUCCUAUCACCAAAAACAAUGUUGAUUUUAGAAGAGCUGGGCUUUGGAAUGUUGUGACUUACUGCACUUAAGCUAGAAAACCUCUCUUUUCUUCGCAGUCUGACAGAAAUCUCUCUUGAUUUUUGCAAAAAUAAAAAUUUUAAUAAUUUGAUUGCCUCACAUUCCACCCAUCCCUUUUUCAUCAGAAAAACUAUUUACAAGGGUUUUUACAAGAUAAAAAUGAAGACAGUCAUCCUCACCAAUUACGAUAAAUAUAAAAUGUUUCUGUCGAACUGAAUGGCAACACAUUUUCUGCAUUUUAAAUUGUCAGCACUUUAGGCACUUAAAAAUGUAAGCACAAAUAUUCAUCUCUUCAGAGUUUUGGCUUGAUUUUUUUUUAAACAGAUGAUCAACAAGUUAGAAAAUUCAACAUUUUCUCUGAGAGCACUUUGGCAAAGUGAACACUUACAAUCUCACUUGAUACCAGUAAAUGUUUUAAAGAAGUUGAUUUGCCGCAUUUCACUCUCACUGUAAUUUCGGAAAACUGUGGCUGUCAGAGCUCCUUACAAGUUGAAAUAAAUUGCCAAGUUCACAUUCUUGCAGUUUACUGUCACUGCUGGAGUCAGAUCUCCCUCUCUGGCUUAGUCAGUGACAGCUGAGGCAACAGCCCACUCUUAUUUACAUCUGAACCGCCGACGGGCAACUAGUAAUUGUUCUUCAAGCUGCCAGUGUGGCUUCUGUCUGUGUGUAGAGCCAUUAAUCCUAUACUGUAGGUUUAUUGUUUUUUCCACAAUGUGCUUAUCCAACAUGGUAUCACAGCGUUAUAUUGUCUCCAGUCGAUACAGGAGGGUACUGUUUUACAUCUCGGUGCUUACAUAAAUAUCAAUAUUGGUAUGUUUUUGAAGUAAUUGGUCCCUGGUGAACUCAGUGUUGUCUGAAGAUGACAGCGAGGCAGAAAGAAUGUAUGCACGUUUACCACUUUGAAGUAGAUAAACAACCUAACUGUUGGUAUUUGGGCUGAAAAAUAUCAGAAAUAUAACACACAACCUUUUUUAUAUCAAUUCAACUAAUCAGAUCUUAUUUUAAAAGCACUGUUCAUACAGACUGACUUAGAACAAAGCGCUUAAAGACAAAAAAACACAGUAAAAAGCUAUAAAAUAAUUAAUAUCAGAGCAGACAAUAAGUGAUUAUCAAACAAGUAUGGCUAUAAAAGACAAACAUUGCCUGUGAUUUGCCUGAAGUCUCCAGCGAAUACAUGCCUUAAGUUAUCGUUCAGUGUUUCUAAGAUAUCGCUUCUGUGAUAUGUGAUGUAUUACUUCAUUGUAUGUUGUAAUUCCAACCUCGACAUGAAUGCAUUUUGCUUUUUGGCAGUUUUUCAAAUGUUUAUGAAGCAAUAACUCACCAGGGCUUCCCGGUGGUGGAAGUCUGAACCACCUCAUUGGGGUUUGCAGCACAUCGGCGAAGUUAAUUUUCCCCAUUUAAGAAUAAGCCACGUAAGAUUUGCAUAUUUUGUGUCAAUAAGAAGCUACCAUACUAGGGGAGACUGGGGUUUGUUGUCACAGGGUAAGUCGUCACAUUGCAAUUAUCUUUGCCACCAGAGGGCGCAACUAAAAAUUGAAAUACAAGUUUUAUUCCUUUGCAUGGUCAGAGGUCGUGUCCUGUCUGAGAAGAGAAGAGCACAUUGUGAGCUGAGAUGAGUGCCAAUUAACCAUUUCACACAACCCAAAGUAAAAAAUGUUACUUUUAUAUAUUUUAAAAUAAGCUUCUCCCAGAUAAAAAUCCCAGCAGUGAUACAUGCUGACCUUUUAGAGGAGAGAUCAAGGCAUCCUGUCGUACCUCAGUCAUUGUUCUGUUUUUAGUUAACUUUAAGCCAGAGCUACAAUUAGCAAACAUGGUAGUUUGGGGCAACAUGUCUCAGUCAUUUUGGGGUUAGUUGUCACAUGUUUAAAGGGAUUAAAAUUACCAUAGAGAGUCUGCUUAUCAGCAGUUGUCAUAUUGAAAUUUUGACUUUAUUUUUACAGAGAAAAGACUGGUUUAAAGGAGAGGAGAAAGCGAGAAGACAUGGUCAAGAAUUACAAAAGAAAAACAGAACAUGUCAGUGCAGUACCUGAAAUGAUGCUGAGGGCAGUCAGGCAGGUGACCUGAGCUAAUAAAUCAAUCUGGACUACAAUAAAGGACUUUAAUGUCAACUACCAUACCUGCAAAACAUUCAGCCCAGCCAAAAUACAGAGUCAGACAGCUCUCCAAACUCCAGAACAUGUUGCACAAUAUUUUAUAGUAAGGUUUAUUUAAUAGCUAUGUUCAAUGUUUUUUUCUGGCUCAAUGAUAAAUAUUUUCUGUGCCUGACUUGGCAACAUGUCACAUGUUCACACUCUCUAUUUGAUUGCUUAUAACUCUGCACUGACACAAGAUAUGAAAAUGACAUGAAUAUGAAACCUGAGACUUUGGUCUUUCAUCUGGUACAUAUUUUGUUUAUAUAUGAUGUAUUGAUUCCAAGAAACACAUAAGAGUGUAAAAAGUGUGACAACAAGCCCUGGUCUCCCCUACACUAGAUGUAAGUGGCUGGAAUCAUGUGAUCAGUGGAGAUAGAUCUGUGAAUCACCAUAUGCCACCCCUGUAGCCUCAGUUUGGCUGCAAUACAAAAUGAAGUCUGGGCAAACUCCUGUAUCUACCAGAGAUUUUCUUUGUACAUUUUUGAUUGCCAUUAGCCCAACAUAUCAUUUGCAACAAUAAAUAACAUCGACAAUGAAGGCUUCCUCAGAAUGUCUCCACCAGCUUUCCCUGAUGUUGAUGUUAGCACACCCUGGGAAGCUCUGUCCUUCACACUUUUAAAAGGUGUUAUGCUGCACUGUGAGAUUUGAAACAUUUCUCCUUAGCCUGACCUAGUAAUGAAGUCAUGAACAAACAGAAAUAACAAACAGGGCAAAGGUAUCAGUGCAUGCUAUUGAUUUGUCAAUUGAUUAAGUGGUUGUGUACAAGGGAUCAUUUUGCAUGAACAAGACUCUCCCUCUCCUCUGCAUUUUUGCAACACAGCAGCAUUGUAAGAUGAUGCAGAGCAGCGGCUAAUAUUAAUACUCUGGGCCUACUUAAAAUUCUCCCCAGUAGAAAGCAAUUUUCAAUCCCUACUUAAUCUGCAUCUGUUAAACCCACCCUGUAUCAGCUGUCCUGUUAUCAAUACAAUUUCCUACAACCGUCCUACAUUGUUCAUGAGUCAUAAAGCAGCGAGAACUGAAUACAUUUUCAGCUUUUUCUCAGUUAAGAGCCAGAUUGAAGGGUUCUUGUUCUGCCUGUCUCCCUCAAGCUGCAAUCAGAUGAUCAGGAAGACCGGGAGAAAGAGUGAGAGAGACGGGGGAAGGGGGGGUGAGGUGGGAUGAUCCUUAAUUGCCAGAUCAGAGAGAAAUCUUUGUGUGUGAAGUGGGUUCUUUGUAUACCAGCUUGCCAGCCAGGCCAUUUCUCCUCCCGUGUAGGAAAACAUGCAUGUUCUUUUGUGCGCGCACUGUGGAGGGAAAGUGUGGGUGUUUGGCAGACACUGUUGGGGUGGAAAAUUGGCAUUUAUGGCUUUGUGCAUUUCAAGCUAAUCCUUUUUUUUCCCCCUGUAUUUGCUGACAUCAAUACCUAAACGCCAAUUACAGGGGCUGGCAUUAGUGACACAUGCUAUAGUCGAUAAUUAUGUAGGUGUGUCAUCGUACUGCUGAGGGCAAAAAUAAGCCAAUGGGCCGUGUUGAAUCCUGAAUCUUGUCACAAUAUGAGAUGUUGGUGAUGCUUUCGCGAAUAAGAAGAGGAACACAAGGUCCUUUGAAAACGUUCACUUUUCAGAUAUGUACAGAAAAGACUGAACGUUGUUAAAUAGUGGAAGAGUUGUUAGGCUGUGAUGGCUACUCAAAGGACUCAAAAGUAUUUUCUUUGAUAACUCAGCAGUUAGUAUUUGUGAAUGAUCUCAGCGUUACCUUUAAAUUGAUCACCUUUAAGCCAUUGCGUCACUAUUUCUAACCUUGUGAGAGUGACAGAUGUCCAUUGUUGACAACGGUUACUUUGAUUAGAGACACAGACUAAGACUUUCUACCGAAGUUAGUAGUCCAACAGGCAAAUCGAGAUUAAAAAAAGAGGUUGAAGUGGAGGGGUGACGUUCUAGAGUUGAUUAUUAUUUACAUUCAUACCCAAAAUGAAAUACUAAAUCUCGAUCAGGCGCUACUCACAGGGAUAUCUGAUUACUCUACAAUUACUCUCAGCCUGUUUUCCUCCUUCAUGCUGUGUUUCUAUUGCAAACAAUCAAAGCCAACAUUAAUUGGCGCAUAUUUGCAGAUACAGAUUGUAUAACACAAGACCUUGACAGCUGAAUGUAACAAAAUGUCAACUCUCCGCCCUUCACUGGGUGAACAAAACACUGAAGUACAAAGCAAAUAACACCUAUAAAGCUAGACAAUUAGUAAGUUAUACAGUAAGUAACAAGGUUUGAUACAACGUGCUAAUUAGCGAAUGCUUAGAGGGAUUUUUUCCACAACAUUUUAAACAUAUUUUUCUAGUUUACUUUGUGUUUAAAGCUCCUGUGAAGAAUUUUCUACAUGUGCCAAUUUUAUAUAUUUCUGGAUCAGGUCCUUAAUAUCUACAAGUCUUGUUUUCUGAUUCAGAAUCUUACCCUGCUUUUAUCAAAUGCUAAUAUCUACCCUGCUCAUGUUUACUGUUUCAUGACUACUAACCUCCUGUAGUAGCAUAAAAAAAUUACAAUGUGGAAAUUGUGAAUCUUCUUGUACAUAUAAUUUUGCUUUUGAAGGUGAUAAAGAGGCAGUAAAUUGCUGUAAAUUUCAAUCUAUUUCAUAAUGUGGUGAAUUCUCCUCAUAUGAGCUUUAAGACAUGAUGCAAACCUGGAUGGCCAGUCUCUACAGUCUUAUGUUUAUUUUCACCUAAAAACAAGAGCAUAGUAUUGCCCAACUUUUUGAAGUAAAGUUGCAUGGCAAAAAGGGGUUGCAUCAGAUAAAUAACUCUGGCAUGGUUCGUCUUACACCACAGGGCCAUACAGUAAGGUGACAGAUUAAAGAUUCAAAAGCAGACUUGACUGGGUGACGGUUUGGGCUGCUCUGUGAAGACAGUGAAAAGAUACUUAUGCCUCUCUUCCUCUAAGCUCUAUCCUCUGUAUAUGUCUGCCACAGCUGGAAUCUUUAGUCCUGUCUGUGUGGGUUAUAUAAGGGUCUAAAGAAGCCCGAGCAUUAAGAUAGAGGCUGACUCAGGCCUCGCCCCUGUCUGCUGAUUUAAUUCCUGCUCAACAUUUAGCUAAAGAUUACAGGAGAACCUUGGCUGAAGUUGUGAAUGAAUCCUUUGAUAUCCGUGGAGUGAUGGUCAUAAUGAGGACAGAGGCGCUCACUUAAGGUGAAUAAGCAGUAGGAAAUGCGCACAGUCUGUUCAUUCUGGGUGUAUUUCAUUGUAUUGGGUGUGUAUUUGUUCAUCCAUCUGAAUCAGGUAUGUGUCCUUGUCCUCUCCUUGUUUAUUUUCUGUCCUACCUCUCCUCCCCUGCCCUGACCCUCCAUCACCAUACACACCACAUGCAUCUCAACUCUGCCCUUGCAGUCACUGCCUCUAAUACACUCACUCCCCUGCUGUUUCCUUCUUUCCAUACCCAAGCUCUGACAGCGAUGUAUAUAUUCACAUCUGCUGCUUGUUCUUGUCUCUUGAAGCUGUUAGUGCUAUGUUUCUAUUUACUGUCAAAACUCUGCAUUUAGUUUCCAGCCGCAUCUCUUCCUGACAUCCAGUUUCUUGUCGUCUAGAGUCAGUGAUUCAUGCCACGUACCCAAAGACUCGUGUUGCUCUUGAGGCGGUGAUCAGAUGAAAACUGUAAUGGUGUUUGUUACAAAUUUAAUUUCAGUCUUAUUGAGACAUUUUUAAUAAACAAAAGUAAGAUCCAUUACGUGAAACCUAAACUUAAAACUACCCCUUAAUUGCUUCUCCUGCAGGAAUUAACUUGUGAAAAUGUCAGUGCUUUUCAAAUCUCUGAAUAAAUCCACAUUCUACUGAAGGAAGAUCAAAUAUUAGAGGAAUGUUGUUCUCCAAAAACCAGCGCUGUAUUUCAGAGCCGCUUCUCAAAAGCUAAAAUCAUAUUUGCACGUCAAGAGCCUUCAAAAGUAAAUAGAAAUAAGAAAUCUUGUUAUCUUCUCUGCAGAGUAUUUCAUGCACCGACUCCCUUCUCUGCAAUGGAUUUCAGCAGCUUGGAGCAAGAAUGUCGUUUUUCUGCAGAACAUCCUUUUACUUUUUUCACCCUCCAUCUUUUUCUCUCUUUUUCUCUCUCUGCGUCUAGACUUGUGAAAUUUUCCUCUCAGCUCCAAGACUUUUUCAUCCCAGCUUCCUUCUCUGCCUCUCUCCAGUUCUGGUGUUCACACUUUGCCCUCACCCUUUUUUCUACCCCACUCCCCCCUUCCCUUCAUGCUCUCUUUUGUUCAUUUUCAGGUCUUUGAUGUUUCCCAUACACUCGCAAUAGCACACUAACUUUCUCUUUGUCUGUCUCGCUCUUGCCCUAGCGCACAUAUGCACCCCCCUCCUCUCUCCCUUCCAUCAGUGUGUUUUGCCUUACCAGCAAAGCAUCCAUCCACCUCUGCCUCUCCGUCCCCUCCUCUCACAUCCCUCGCCUCUCUUUGAAGUCAUCAGAGCCCCAGUCGGAGCUCCAUGCCACUCCAGUCAGCUUUUAUCCUCACUCAGUGAAGAAAAAAAAAGGGAGGGAUGUAUUUAGACCCCGCUGGAGCACAGUCAUCUCUCCUCCUGUGUGAAAUGAUUCACUUGUGACUCAUAGCUUUAUUGGGGACUCUCUCUCUCUCUCUAAACAAACAAGCAGUGGUCGUGGCAUUUUUUCCAUCCAAAUUGACUGGAACUGUAACUGAGAGUGCCGGCCUGAUUGUCCCCCCUGCAGCUCGGUGCUUCGCUCGCACAAUGAUGAGCCGUUCUCCCAGAGGCAAUCAUGUCUUGGUGAUUAGCCCGCCAUGACUGAGUGCCAUCGCGCAAAUCCAAUACCAAGCCAAAAUAAUAAAAGUCAAACAACAAUUGCUCCAAAGGGUACAUUUUCAUAUGUUUGAGGCGUACAUUUGCAUUUGCCAAACAGGAGGAGACGCACCUUUUGUCUAAAAUCCGGCUCUUCUCGACUCAUCAUUUUCACACACACAAGCACACUCAGCUUGCAGGUUGCAGUGUGCUGAGCAGCUUCCACCUGCAGCCUACUGAGGCUCACAGCUUCACACCAUUAGUUCAGCUUAGCGAGCACAGCCAUCCUCAGUACAGCCUCGUCUAUAAACCUCGGGCGCCAUCUUGACUCAACUGCUCCUUUUUUCUCGUCUUUUUCUGCCUUCACUGCAAAUGUGGCAGAAUAAUGAUAUCCAGCUAUAAACAAAACAUGUAAUAUCAGUUUCUCAAAUUGCUUGGCAGAAUGUGUUUCCAUUCUUACAUCAUACUUUUUCAACAAACUCUUCCAAAAUGAAGCCAAAAACAUCCCUUUGCGCUCAACCAUUAUACUAUAUAUAGUUCAUUCGGGGACUUAAUUAGCUUGUUGUGUAAUCUGAAGCAAUGUCAAGGCGUCUUUAAUGUUUCCAUAUUUAAUGAUGAUAUUUGAAGAUGAACUUGAAAUAGUUGUGUCAGCUGUAAAAUAUGAGCAUGCGAGAUAGGGUCUGGGUGGCGGGAAAUUGGCCUCAUUAGAUAAAUUCAAGUCUGCCUGUCGUGUCCAGGCAGCCAUGUAAAUAAGAUGAUUAAUCACAGCUACUUAGAUGAAGUUGGCGAUGGAAAUGCAUAUUAAGAAGUCUAAGCUGUAAGCUGUUCUUGAAAAUGCACAUAGUUAGGAUAAGAACAGUUUCAGCUCACUGUCUGUCUGCAGGUGCAAUAUGCGACUACUAAUUUAAUCCAGAUUUAUUUAACUCUUUGUCCAUCAGAUGAGUUGCCAUGAAACUGUACAAAGCCAUUUAUGCUCUAUAACAUCUAACUAAGAUGGUAAACUAUUUCAUUUUGUUAGCAUGACACCAUCUUGCCACUGUUACUCAUAUUUUUCAAUCUAGUGAGGCAUUUUUAUCUUAUUUAAGUUUAUAUAUUUUGCCUAACAAUAGGGCUGGGCGAUAAAACGAUAACGAUAUAUUAAAAAUUUCUCGAUAUCGAUAUAAAAACAUGGUCAAUAUGCUUUUCGAUAGUCGGCAUUCUGCCAUGUUUUGGUAGACUAUACGAAUAGCCAAUGAAAAGGGGAGUUGCUCUGGGUCUGCUUCACGCUGAACCAAUCAUGUGCUGAAUUAGAACCAAGUAGCAAACAACUAUGUAGUAGCAGGCUGCAGCUACACGCAACCACAGCACUUUGACACGUGAAGCCGGCAGCGCUGUCAGUGAGGAAAAAAGAAAACUAGCGCUACCCUCAGCAGAAAUGCAGAUGAAGAUUCAACAGAUGACAUGCUACCAAUAAGCACUGGUAAAUUUCAUUUAAGAGUAACAGGAAAAUUUAAGAUUGAUAAGUGAUUUUUUAUUAAUAUCGGUAUCGACUGAUCUGAAAAAAACAUGUCGUGAUAAACUUUUUCCCAUAUCACCCAGCCCUACCAAACAAUAUUACGUUAUACAGGACAGCGGUUUGGACCCCUCCCCACCCCCAUCCACGAAUGGUAGCCUUAGUUCUUUGAUUCCUGUUCUUGCUGACAGUCUCUCAUUAAGAUCUUUGUUACGCAAGGCACCCAGAGUAACACGGUGAAAGGCGUCGAUAAGGGAAAUAUUACGCAUGAAGGCAAAUGACAUUAACAGCUCAAAGUAGUUGGAACUGGUUCUCAUCCAGAACUGGUUCUCAAUUCCUAUCCCUAGCUACUCCAAAUAAAAAUGAAGUCCUUUUAUAUGAAAUGCUAGUCUCAGAUCUGAACAAUCAAAUAAAUUGGCUGACAGUAAAUUAGUCACUUGCUCCUUUGAGUGUAAAUUUGAAAUCAUAGUCUUCCAGGCAUAAAAAGGAAACUAUUUCACUGUACUUUCAAUAGAACUCCUUAUCUUGGGUUUUUAAUAUUCAUCAUUAUCUCAGACCAUGACCUUGAGUCUAAUAGAGGGAUUACAUUCAAGUAGACAAUACCGUCUCCAAUGCUUGUGCUUUCUCCCGCCAUCCGUUUGGUGUCUGCUGCGGUGGCUGUUGGUUGGCAUCCCUGUGACAACACCGCCAGCAGCACGUCAAAUGCCAUUAUCUCAAACACUAAAGCAAUGUGUCCAGCCCACCCUUAGCUAGCAAAGUGACAGCACAUGUGUAUGUUUAUGUGUGUGAAUGUGUGUCUGUGUAAUUAUGUCUUAAUCUGUGCUCGCAAAUGAGCAAACAUUAGCUCUGUUUAAAGAGCGCUGCUCGGUCCGUGAAAGCCUGCAGUGCGGUGGCUGCGCUUAUGCAUUUUUCACCAACCCCUUUUACUUCUAACCACAUCGAUGAAAGACUUCAUUACUGCCUGUAACGAAGUACAUUUUCCCCACCACUGCACUAAACUGUAAUUAAUUGUUUACCUGCGGACUUCCAGUUUGUGCUACUGUAUAACAUUUCAGAGAAAAAUACUGUGUAAUAGCCCAUAUUUUGCUAAACCAUUAUAGGUGUAGUUUUUAAACAGAGUGCAUCUUUAUAGUUGUGUUGGUAUAGAUUAUUCAAACGGUACUUAAAGUUAUACUAUUCUGAAAUUAAGCUAUAUCUUUUACAGUGAUCAUGGAGUUUUUUUCAUGUUUUUAAAGGAUAAUAUAACCGUAAAUAAUAGAUUAACUGGAGCUGAAGUUUUCGGUGAAACUCAUAAACCUGCAAACAGUCACUAGCAAUUUUUCAGCUUACCAUUUAGUGUCCUAAAUUUUUUAAAGGAAUACAAUGUAUUGAUAAAAAGCUGUAGAAUAUUUGUUAAAACAAUUUCCCUGCCCACAGCAACAAAUACUUGUAGGUAUAGCCAGAGGUGUGGAUCUUUAACCACACUCGACGGUGUGCUGGUCCCUCUUUGGGUACAAUCUGCACAUAACUGCCUCUUUGGGUACUUUGUAGACAAAGUGUGCUUUUUUUAACAAUCCAUCUUGUCCUCUAUAAGAUUAAGAAUAACUUUUUUUAAACAGACCAAACAAUUCUCCUUUUGAGAGUUACUUUUUCAGGCAUAAAGUGGAGGAAGACAUGCAGGAAAGGCUUGUGGCUGGGAAAUCAAACCAGCAGGGGACAGUAGCCCUUAAACACACGCACACACCAUGCUGUCUUUUAUAGUCAUAUGCAGCUCUAAGUGAAUACUUUCUGUCUGCAUGUUUUUUGUCCUCUCCUUUGACAUCAACUCUAUAGCAGCAGUGACUAACACAAAAAUCAAUCAUGAAAUUCAGCUUCUACCUAAUGGACUUCUUUGUUUUUGUUGGUAUGGAGGCCUUAAUAUUAGUUUCAGUCUGUUCAGUAACCAGCUUCACAACCUUGAAAGUGUUCCGUCACCUUUUCACACUUUCUAUUGCACCUUGUCUGUAAAAAAGACCGGCUUUCUUUGGCCACCUAUAAUAAUUAAAGCAUAUGUGUUAUCAGCUCCUCUGUUUCCUCUUGCUUGGCCUGGAAAACUGCGACUGGACACUGUUAACAGGGUUUCUCAUCUCCCAAUAAAGCCUCGACAUAGAUCUUGUGAACGUGUAUAUUGGCAACAUCUUUCUGGCUGUCUGAGUGGGACAAAAGAUAAAAUAUGUUAUCUGAGCUCUGAGAGGAGUGAAAUAGGACAAGGUCAGGUUUAACAAUGUAGUAGGAUAUGAUGGGAAGGGUGUCUCUAUUUCUUGUAACAGACUGGUUUGAUUUGUUGACGGUAGUUAUUUUUUUCUUUUUCGCUUGAACAUCAGUAGAGCCCAGUGUGAGCUGGUUUUGAAAAGAGUUAGAAAGGAUAUGUCAGAGCGGGGAUGAAAGCAGUGUUUCUAUCACCAGAUUUGAUAAAAGGACAGCAUGAAAGUCUAAAGAGAAGAAAUUUGUCUCCCCAAUGGCCUGAAUGAAACAUAACACUCCUCAAAGUUGUGAAUGCAUGAUAAGUUUACCACCACAUGAAGCACUUUACUGCCAAACUGUUGCUGUGAUGAAAUCUAGAUUUUAACUUUUCUCAAUUUAGUAAAGUAGUGCAGCCUUUUAUGGUAACACUUUACAAUAACCAUAACUUAAAAAUGGUAAAUAGACCAUUUAUAAAUGGUAAGCAGAUAGUUUAUUAAUGUUUAAUCAUCAUUUAUAAAUAGCAUGUAGACCAUUAAUAAAUUGUACAUUAAAAAUUUUAAAAACCUAACCCUAACCCUAACCUUACAAUAACCAUCUAAGUAAUGUUAAUAGGUGGUUUAUAAACCACUUAUUAAUCAUUUACAAAGUAUUACAAACAUCAGAUGCAACUUUACAAUAACCAUCUAAGUAAUGUUUAUAGAUGGUUUAUAAACCACUUAUUAAUCCUUUACAAAGUGCUAUUGACACACAUUUUAAUCUAGAUGUUUUACAACUAAUAAACUCUGUAUAAACCUUUAAUAAAUAGUCCAUUAAUAAUGAAUGAAAAUUAUUAAUUGUAAUUUCAUUGCUUGUUUAUGGUAAAGUAACUAUUAACUUACGUCAAUAAACUAUUUGCCAUUUAUAAUUGGUCUCUAUGCUGUUUUUAAAUGAUGAUCAAACAUUAAUAAACUAUCUAUUUACCAUUUAUAAAUUAUGGUUAUUGUUAAGUGUUACCGUCUUUUGUUUUGAAAGGUUCAAAUUGUCAUCAGCAUUAUGAUAACUUCUCCCUGAUGAUGGCUGAAAUCACCCGCGACUUUUGGAGCGAAAGGUUUAACACCGUCUAACCUUCAUCAUCUGCACAGCUCCGCAAGUGUCAAGUGUCACUUGCGCUAAACAGUCAGCCUUUAUCUGUUUAUCCUGAUGUUGUGUCCUCAGAAGUGAGCGUUUGUGUUUCCUGUCAGUUCCCUGCUCCUUGUCUAGUCUCUGUUGUGUGCAGACAGCAGAAGACAGAAGAAUGUUAGCCUGCCAGUAUCCAGCUGCUUCUCCCUUAUUGGUAUUCAGGGCACACGGAGCCGCCCUGAGUGUCUGUUGCACGUGCCAAGGAGGAAUGUGGGAAAUGAGGUACAUGGAGAAAAGAGGAGGAGGGGGAAGAGGAAAGAAGUGAAGCCCCCUCCCUCUCAUGUUAUUUGGACCUAAAAAUAGACAGCAUCCUCCCUUCUUUUUUCUAUUCCCAGUGCAUCUCGGUUUCCACACCGAGCACCUCUCCCUGGAUCCUCCCAGGAUCCUCCCUCUCUCUCCCUCCUCGUCCUCUUCCUUCUUGUCUUUCUGUUUAGUCUAAGUAAACAUGCUCUCUGGUGCCCCAUGAUAAGACUCCUCAAGUGUAAAGCCAGACAGUUUGGACGCCGCUAACAGGCUUGGCUUGAUAAAGGAUUAACUAUAGGGGUGAUUUAAUUUAACACCACGGUAUUCCCUGAGCCAGACUGCACUGUGUAACCUCUGAAAAUAAAAGCUCAUUAAAUGUUCCUGAGCACAAACCCCCUUAGUGUCAACAACUGGUGAUUGCUUAUCUCAAAUUAAAUCACAGCAUGAUCUCUUAAAACAGUCUUUAAUUAUUGUUUAACUAAGUUUAAAAAUAGGUUUAUUUAAUAGUCUAUGCAUGACUGAUAAUAGAUAAUAGCAUGCACUUUUAGGUGUGUUUAUAUACUCCUAUCUAAGUUGGCUCAUGCAAGGUUAGCCACCUUGCCAAAGAGAUAUCCAAACAAACAAAAUCAAAUCAAGUACAUGUUCCGAUUAGAAACCAUCAACAAACAAAUCUAAUAGCAAAACUGUGAUGAAUUCCUUUUGAGUCAGCUUUGACCUGAAAAUGUCUGAGUGUGUGCAACAUUUUCAGCACUCGGUGUUCAAAUUUUGAUGGGAAACUUUUGCAGAUUACAUCUAUAAAGUGAUGCAGCAUUCUUGCUUCUCUAUCUCCUAAUUUAUGAUAGUGUGCAGUUUGAGUGAUGAAAUCAUGGUAGGUGGGCAGGAGGGAUAUUGGCUUUCAGUGGAUUAUGUUCUAGCACAUGGCCAACCUUGGCUUAGUCAUCGCGCCCACGGCCCGCCCACCAAGAAGAUGAGAGUGAGAGAGAGAGAGUGAGAGAGUGAGGGAGGCCUUGCCCUAUAGAAACACUAUCCCACCAGGAACACAAGAAUUUAGUGGCCUUAGAAACUCAGGAAUCAGCGUAAGGUAGAGACAAAAGGGUAAAAUAAGGUUUGGGCAUUGAGAGUACUACUCUAAAAUGAGCCAGAAACUGAUACGUAAUAGUGAUGAGAUUAGUGCAAACAAAAAAGACAACACUGACAACAGGAGUAAUACAAAACAAUUGAGUGUUUGUGUGAGCGUGGGCUGCUGUUCCUCAGGUCAGAAAAAGCUCAGUAUUAUAUUAGUCACCAAGAGGCAAAUAAAAGUUUUAUAAAUGAUCCUUUCCAACACAGAAUCAAAGUGUCCCCGUUUAAUGCCCCCAGUUCUGCCUACCACCUAAACACUACCUGUGCCAGUACUUUUCUUAGUCUACCUACUACAUGUUUUUCCAUAUCUGUAGAUAGUAAUACAGGAUUAACUAUCACAAAAAAUCCUUAAUUUAGAAACUUACAGCACCACAUCUGAUGAAUAAAAGGAUUCAGGCAGUAGAGUUAUUAUUUCAAAAAGAAUAAACCCAGGAUUUUUUUGCAGUGUAUAUACAAAAAAGCUUUUAAUAUCAGUGAAUAGCUAUUAGUUAUUGAUGAUAUUAGGUAAUAUCACGAUAUCGCUGUUUUUUUUUUUUUUUUGUCUGUGUAGUCAACAUUUUAAACUUUUUGAGCAUCCACUAAACUGUUUACCUCGGGUGCUGGAGUUUGUCACUUUAUCCUAGAUGUAGAAGUCCUGCAAACAUUGUGUUUGCUGGUAGUCUGUUGGCAUCUACAGUAGCACCAAUGCUUGUUACUUUCACGUUGACUGGGCCUCAUUUGUAUUUAUCUGAAGUAUUUAUCAGCAUUAUAUCUGAAAUUAAUUGGAACUGUACAAGCAAGCAGGAGCGUCUAUUUGUGGGCGGGGCUUGCUGGUGCAGAGAGGGAGGGGAGAGGAGGAGCUGAGGGGAAAACUGGUUGGGAGGGGUAGAGUUUACAUUCAAGAUUCUUCCCCAAAACUGGCAAUUCCUCAGAUCCUGCCUACCCCACCUUAAAGCUGCUGCGUUCUGUUGCAGCCGUGAUAAAUAAACAGUGACACCACUGCACUCUAAAAUGGUUCAUUUCACUUAAAAAGAAAUAAAACUCAAGAGAAGCCAGUUGAUAAGCCAAAAGUGAUGUGCACUUUUUUGUAAAUAGAGAAGAAAGAUCACUGAAGCACUGAAGUUCUGAGCUAGCAGCUACAAGCUCAACAUUCAGGGGCCGCUAAUCAUACUGAUGUCAACGGGAAACUGCAUCAUAAAAACUGGCAGAGCACUACUUUAUGGGGUAUAUCACCACAAACCUGAGGAUGAAACGACCAUACACUUCUUACCUCUGAGUUGUGGUUUCAGAGCGCACUUGCAGCACAGCAUUGAUCUGAGUAAAGUGCUAUGCUUAAUAAACUUUUCUUACUUACUUGCUGAAAUCACUUGAUUUUAGGUGCGUUCGAGCAGACUACAUAAUUUUUGUAUUUAUUAACAUCUCAAACCCCUGUAUCCGUUUACUCCCCUUAGAAAAACAGUCCAUGGAUUUGUAAAUUUAUCUGAAUUGGCACACCAUUCCUUCUUGGCUUUUCCUUUUUUAAUUUUGACUUUUAUUACCAAUUUUAAUAUCCUCCACUGCUUAGAUCAGAUAACAGUAUGAAAUUCUGUUGGGUCUACUGUCACCUUUAGCAGUAGUAAUAAAAAAUUUGCGAGUAUUUUAUUAUGUGAAGAUUCAGAGCUUUAAUUAGAGUUGAACCUUGAAUAUACCUCAAUCCACUCAGCAAAAUUUGAUCAUAUUAAAUAAACUGUGGUUUUAAAACGUAGAACACAGCAUGAUAGGACGUACCAGAUCUAAAAUUUGUAACAAAAGCUGAAUGAAGUGCAACAAUGUCAAAUGAGGAUACAUGCCCAUGCCUUUUUUUUCCAGGAAGCAGGCAUUGCUGGCUGACUACCUCUCAUCCAUGAUUCAGUGUUCGUCUCUUUUCUUUGGUAGGGGCCUGUCCCUUGGGGAGGUAGAUGUUGAGGAGUCUGGGGAAAUAUUGAACAUCCUUCUGCUGCCUUACACUGGGGACACUGAUUCUCUGGGGACGCGGAGGGGGGGGAUCGAGGCCGUGUGUUCUAAAAAGCCGUGGAAGUUGAUGAAAAAUACUGUGAGAGAAGGGCAUUGUGGUGCGAGUAUCUGUUGGCAACCAUCUGGAGAGCACUCUGAAUUAAAUAAUGAUAAAACCGUCUGUCCAUCAAACCAGAGGACAGCUCUACAAAUGCUGCUUAUGCUGUUGUACACUACACACAAAUUCUGUACAAGGAGUUUGAUUAUUAGACUACCAGCAAGAAAGUGAUGGAGAACACAAUGCACAACCAGUAGCAUAAUGUACAAUAUUUAGUAAUGUUGCAGGAAAAGAUUAUUAUACAGAAAACUGAUUAGACCAAAUUAGUUUCCUGGAAAUAUAAGUUAGAAAAGAGAAAAUGAGAAAUGAUUAGCCUGUGGUCGGUCAUGGCUGUGGAUGAAUUAACUUGAGAGAAACAUCAAAAAGGCUGUAAAACAGAUGUUCUUUGUUUCGCUCCUUCAUCUUCAUGAACGUUUCCAACAUCUAAUAAGACAAAGGCGCCGUUUACUGGGCAGGGAUUGGUCUUUGCUUCUGUACUCAUCCUAGAGAUGUGCAGACUAUUUAUUUGAAUCAGGCACUAGAUAAAUGCAAGGAGCAAAUCAUGGAGUUGGUAUGUCUGUCUUAGGGACGGGAAUGGAGAACAGGUUCUUGUUGAGAACCGGUUCCAAAUGGUUCAAUCCAUCGACAUCAUUUACAUUUUAACGCAAUGAUUUCCUUAAUGAUUCCUUUCUUCUGGGUGCCUUGAAAAACGGUUUUCAACGAGUGCCAGUCUACGCGAACGAGAACAGAGAGAGAAAAAAGCAUGGCGGACAGUACUAAAAGUAGGCAGAAACGAUCAAAAGCGUGGAUUCAUUACUAAGAGAGACAACAACAGCACAAAGUGCGAUGGGGGGCACGUAUCAAAAUACAUACAUCUUUUUCUGUUAUCAGAGACUCAAAUAAUUUUGAGUUAAUGACGAACAACUACAGUCUACCUUUUUUUUUUUUAAAUCAAAGUAAGGCAUUGAUAAGGGAAUCGUUAAAGCAUUGAAUCGAUAAGCAGAAUCCAUUGUGGCAUCGAUAUCGAUAAAAUCUUAUCAAUUCCCAUCCCUAGUCUGUCUUCUCUGCAACACAUUUAACAGAUUUAAUGAGGCAAAAUAUUUUUUAUAUUUCUUUGUUUAAGUUGUGUUGGUAGUGUAAACACAUUUAUGUAUUUCCAUAUAUAAAUGCUCAAGUGUCGCAAAGCAUCUUAUACAGUUGGAAAUCAAACCAGCAAUGAUCAGCGGAUGAUGCUAGCUGAGGCGAAUAAGGCAAAUGAACUGUCAAACAAGCAGGAACUCACUAAACAGGGAAACACACAAACAGGUAAUAGCCAAAUAAGGUAAUGUAAUCAACACCUAUUAAGGUAAACAUGCAACCGAGUUCGCAACAACUUCUUUACAGCUAACAACAGAUCACUUUUUCAUCAAGUGAUUCUUCCAGCUGAGAUGAGGAAAGAUAUGCAGGGAAGUUCUUAGAAGGUGUAUUAUUGAAACAUGAUACUGAAAGUCACAGAAACAUUUCAUUGCCAUCAAUGACAAGCAUGUUAAACCAAAAUAAUACUGCUACACGUUAUAAUUAAUACUGUUGUAAGUUUCUUGUUGACCAAAAAUUACUUAUUUUUGAUGUAUGUAUAUAAAACUUUGAGUUUUUGUAUAGAGCAAAGAGCACCGAGCAAAUAAUCUUUUAAAGCUAGCGUUGACUUCGACUGAUAUGUAAAGGAAAAUUGUUUUGCUUCUCAGCUCAAGUGCUAGUUUAGCUUGCCACAUUUUAGCACCUCUGACAAAGGCUGUCAUGUCUGGCCUCUAUCCAUCCUGGCUGAAAUCUUACUAUAUAAACAAAGAUGAAAAGUGUUGUACAAGGCGGUGACCUCUUUUACUCCUAUAAUAAUGGUUUCAUCUUAAUAAUGGAGUCUACACCACCUCUGAAUGACAGCUGGGAGGUUGAGUAAUGGGUUGAGACUAAAGGUCUCAAUAUGCUACACAUGAACCUUUUUUUUCUCUCACAUUGUCCGGCCACAUCUGAAGACAAGUGUCGAAAGUGUUAAUAGCUUUUGAAAUGGACACUCGCAUAGUCAGGUGAAAUGUCAGCUGUCAUGUGGAGGAGUGAGAUGCCAUGAAUCACAGAAAUCAGGAUAACCAUGCACACUUUCAGACAGCCAUUGCUUGAACAAAUUUAUGAAGUUGAACUCGGCUGCACUCUCGGGAAGUGAGAGAAAAAAUCUGCAAAAAAAACAUGAAAGGAGAGAGCAUGAAAGGGAAGUUCAGACCUUUUUCACUCACUCACCUCAGCACACCUGGACAUUUUCUGUCUGAAGUGGGGAGCUUUUGAUAUUGUUAGUUUUGGUGAGUUACAGAAAUCAGGGCAUGCAGUCCAACCUCUGGUCCAGAAAUUGGAAAAGGGGUUGAGGGAGCCUUUCUUUUGAAGCAUACUGGUGUUGUCAUGAAUCUGAUGAUCAUUUAUGGCAUUUAAUUAUCAGCCUGGACCUAGCCCAUUUUUUCUGUAUCAUGGCAAAUCCCAUUAAACAUGUUAAUGAUCUUUCAUAAAGGAGGAUUUAUCAUGACUGUUUUUCAGGUUCGCUCCUUUUUGUCAGAGCAGUGCAGUUUUUUUGAUUAGUUUUUGUUCAACCAACUGUUUUAUGUUGAUCUUUUUGAAAUAAUCCAAAGAGAAACCCCCAAGACAGUAUCUAUAUAGGCCCUCAGUGUUUUUUUAUCAAAGGUUCCCUUCGAUGUUAUACAAAGAUCAUGUGUUACAAUGCAGCGAAAGCAAGGGAAGACGAAUACUUGUAUGAAAAGUAUUAAACUAGUAUUAAAUGGAUGAAAACAAGGCAGGUUUCCACGAAAAAUAGAUUAAUUAUAAAUAAUUUAAUCCAACCUUAAGGUUUGGUUCACAGUUGUUGAUACAUUGAGCUGUUUCAUACCUGCUAAUAGCUCAUGCUUCUGUGUCCUUUUUACCAUAAUGACUAUUUGUGACAAUAACCAGUUUUAACUUUGUUUUUACUCAGUUAUUAUCAAUAUCUACUCUUCUUUAACACCUACUGACAGCCAAACAGCUGACAGCUGGCUCCCUUCCUGUUGUUGAUUUCUAUAAAACCCACUACAUAACAAGUUGCAUUACCCGCUUUUCUCAUACAUUUCAGAAGCACUCACUUCUGCCUCAUUAUAUUACAAGAAUGGGAAAGACACCUGUUUGUCAGCAUGAGUCCUGCCUCUGUUUACUCCGUAUGUGUGCGUGCUGGGAGGUGGAGAACACUCCCCAAAAAUCAACUUCGGAAUCUAGAAGAUAUUAGCAAAAUUCUAAAGACCGGAGUACGGCCUAGCCCCUCUAGAUGGUUACGUUUUUUUCUGCUGACUGACUACUCCACCCUGCUUUUGCAUGUUGGAGCUUUUUAAUAACAAUGCAACAUGCUGUAACCAAGACAUAAGGGAGCUAGAUAGCUUUUAAAACCAAAAAUUCAGUGUGUUGUAUUUCACUCCAACUGUCACAGAGAAAGGGAGAACUUGACAAACAGUCAGACGAGAAAAUAAAUCAAGGCAUUUGAUCAGAGAGUCUGGUGACGCUCUAUAACUUCUUGGUCUGUUGGUGCAUGAAAUAAACUGCAACCUGGAGUCUCUGUUUGCAGAAACAAACUAUAACAGCUUUCUCAUAUGUAAGACCCUUCCACAGGUUGUAUGGACAUUUGGAGAUCAAUGUGUUACGUAUGAAUUUCCAGCCACAACAACCAGGGAGGAUGUCCUUGCCUGUUGCAUAAACAAGAUGUUUACUUUUGUUCAUCUUUGGCGGUUUGGGCUGAUUUUGAUUUGAGUGCAACCACAUUGGUGUAUUGCUGUAAUUUCUGCUAAAAAUAACAAAUGUACUUAGAACUGCCUUUGGAAAAUCAAAUUCUUCCUUAAAACACCAAAAGAGGUUGAGGCAGCUGCCUCAUAGUUUAGUAUUUAGCAAAGAAAAACAACAGCUCAUGAACUGAUCCUGCCAGACAGCUUAUCACCUCAACAAAGGAGUACUGUCAAACAUUGUUAUCCGGAGAUCAUGCCCCAUGACAACUUCACCUAUCUUUGCAGUAAUUUUUACACUGCUGUUGGUGUUGCUGGGUUGGUGCCAGAUAGCUUUACAGCUUUUGCUUUGUGUUUUAACCAGAAUGUUUCACACAAGCAAUCAGUUAAAGCCUUUCAAUAGGAAACACUGCAGUAUCAACAUGCAAAGGGCCAGGAUCAAGAAAUAUUCUCCAGAGCAACCUUAAGAGCACUGGGCAAUAAAUAAUUCAGUUUGAUUAAAGUAAACUGGAUUUAGAGGAAAUUACUGCGUCCUUUAAUGCUUCACUUUUCAGUCACUCUGAGUGCUUUAAAGGAAUAAGAUGCUAUACUUGGGCCAACAGAAAACAAGCAAACGUGCCACUUAGGUAACCCAAAGUCAAUAACGCCACAUGGGGAAUCAAAGAUCGCCUUGUUUGUCUGUAAACAUCAGCCUCACUUUCAUCCAUUAGCAGAUCAGACCUAAAUCACAUCAAGCCAUCGACGGACUCUCAGUCCAACGUCAAGGAGCAUUUCAAAGCUGAGGAGAAACAUCAUGGUUGACAAUAUCCAUUUGUAAUCAUAAAAAUAAACCAAAGUCUGGAGUAAGAAAGCCAUCUGCCUGUCACUGUCCAUCACAGCUUGUUCAUGAUGAUUGUACUUGAGCUGUGUGCAAGACUGUUUCGCAGUGGCAUCAGGUUUUUCUUAUCACAGUCCAACAUUAUGGAAAUAAUGGACAAAUAAGAACAGCAACAACUGGUGCAUUAUAAAACACAUUCAUUAUAUUAGGUGUGAAAAGUGACAGGAGGAAUAAUUCCCAUUUAAAACAAAUGCAGUGAAUUCUGUAAAAGCAGUUGUGUAGAUUCCAAGUAAGUGUACCUUUUCUAUGUGAAGUUGAAUCAUAUUUAAUAUGUCGACAGAAGAAACAAGGUAGAAAACAAAGAAAAGGAGCAUUUGGGAUGGUCUUUUUAAAGAAACACAUGCUACUUUUAGUUGAUGGCUCAAUUGACCAUAUUUCUAUUGCAGCUUUUCUCCUCUGACGUCAUGCUCCAAGUAAUAAUACGCUAAUAUAUUUAGAGUUUGAAAAUAUCUCAAUUAUUGAACUUCAUUUGAACAGGUAAGAAGUGAAGAGGCAGAGUUUAGGCAAGCCUUUAGCUGCCUGGCUACCAUGUAAGUAAGCCACAGCCCCAGUCACACCUAAAUAUGCAAAUCUUGAAACCUCACUAUCUUCAAGAUGAGACUAUUAUUUAUUUAGUUAUUUUUAAAUUAACCCCUUGUACAGUCUGUACAAAUAAAUAAACAUGAUUUCCAAACCAAAUCUGUUUUUUGCACCAGAUUAAAUACAAGUUCAUUUCAGGGUCAAUGGGGUCUCGUCGGCUUUUUGAGCAAGCCUCAAGUGGACACAUCAGGGACUGCAGAUUUUUUUUCAGCUUAUUUUUUUUAUUUAUUUACAUUAUUUUUCUUCCAGCCAGGAACCAAAUUAAAACCUGAUCCUAUCAUGUAGCAGGUUAGCUGAAAAAUGGGGAAAUGCUUGUGUAAGCUGGUGUCUAAUGAUUAUAUUUUACUGUCACUUGAGAUAUCUUGAUGGGAUCACCACCUAGAUUUUCUAUUGUUUGCUGUCAUUGGCUGCAGAUCACUAGAAUAUAUAAAUUUCUUAUAUUACAUGACUUACAAACUGAAUCUAAAGUCAAACAUUUUGACAGCACUGCUUCUUACUUUAAACACACACUUGGAUGAGAGGGAUGUGGCUUAAUAGUCUAAGGAGCUUUACUCAGAACUCAGACAACAUCUUGGAUCAAUAAAUGCAACCGAAGGCAAGGAAUAAAGCAAGCACAAGACUGCAGAUGUUGUUAAUGCCUAAUCAGUAGUUUGCACAAUUUCCCUAACAGCAUCUUGAAGCAAAGCUCCAGUUUGGAUGGAGUAAUUUCCUGCACUCCAGGCAGAGUUGUCACCUGGGCAUCUGUUCCUGGUGUUGGAUGAUCCCUACCUGCUGUGAAACAGACGGUGGUCCCGGCUCUUUCCCCAUCUGAGAGCCUUGGCAGAUGAACAGUGGAGGCUUGGGUGCAACGUAUGAGAGAUACGAUGAAAAUCUGAAAUAUGCAGCAGUAAAAGAAGAAAGUUAAGACUCAGAAAGAGAAAUCCAUUUUCACAAGAAUGGAUUAUAAAUCUGGGUAGUUCAUGUAAGAUUAAGGCGAGCAGAGCAAACAGAGCGUGACCCUCUGUUGCCAAGGCUAAGAGAAGGUUUUUUUUUUUGUUCAUGGCUCCUUCUCUUUUUGAUCUGUAUUCAAAGGAUCUUUGUAUUUAUUGUCUUCCAUUUACUGGCACUUUGACAAUAAUGUCAAAUGUAAUUUAAGUUUAUUGAAUCUAAUGAACUCUAAUUUUAUCUCGAAUCAUUUAGGUUUUGAAUGAUAAGAAGCGCUGAAUCAAGUCAAUUAAUUAGGUCAAUUAGACGACAUGAUUCAUCACCACAUUGCUCAAAGCAAAUUAACCAAUAAUGUGACAAUGAAUGACUCAAUUGUUAGCAUCAUUUUUCAAGCCAAAAAUAAUAACAUUUUUUUAAAUCAAACCAAGCUUAGUCACAGGAUUUGCUGCGUUUUCAGUUUUAUGACAAUGUGAUUUAAACCUUUUGGGAUGUGGACUUCUUGUCAAAACAAAAGACAUGUAGUUUUACCUUCAUGGAAUAGUGUGUGCAACUGAGCAAGUGUUACAAACAUGACUUUUAAUAAUCACCAGCCUAAAACUCUUCACAGGAGCUUUAAUGUUAUUGCAAUGUCCUAAUGUAGUUACACAACAUUAACUUCAAAGUUAUAGCAGCGGGGGGGAAAAAAGACAAUGCUUGUUCAAUGUCCUUUUCUCCAUUUCCUGUCUACAGAUAUUAUCUAACUCUUCUCUCUCUCUCUCUCUUUCUAUCCUUCACACCUUUUGUCCCCCUGGCUACCCCCACAACCACUUUCUUUCUUUCUCUCUUAUGAAUGAGUGAUGGCAAGCUGCCAGAGAUGUCCUUGUGAUAGUGGUCACAGACUGUGUUGCUGUGGUAACUCGGAGACUUAAGAUUCAUGGCAUCCAUUCAACAACCUUGUCAGCACAAGCUCAAUAAGUUCCCCCACCUUUCUGCAGGGUAAUUUUGUUUUGAAUACUCAAGUGGUGCAGUGCUGUACAGGUGCAGGCUGAAGUGUCUGACGUACUCUGUUUGAAUUCGGCUGGCAACCCAAAAAUGUUUCGAUCAUGUUGUUGAUCAUUAGCCAGUUUGACAAGCUAAUAUGUUUAUUGUAAUACUUGGCCUUCCCCUGAAUGGCACAUUUCUACUCUUUCUGUCAUUCAGUCACAGUUAUCGCAGCAUUUUCUUUGUUUGACAUGCAGGGCUCUAUUUUCGUGCGCGCCGGUGAGGCGGCGGAGGGCGGCGAGCCCCGCGCAGUUGUAUUUUCGUCUGGCGGAGCCCAGCGUAAGGCCAGUUUGGUAUUUUCGUGGCAUGAGCCGCACGGAGGCGAGCCGAGAUCCGCCAAGCUGGGCGUGGUGGCGUGGCAGGGGGAGGUUUCGACAGGAUCAGCUGGCGCAGUGACAUUUUCGUGCUCGCCAACGGCGUGUAAAGUGCGCUGAAUGCUCGCCGAUUCAAACCUGGUCAGCUUUCAGCGCAAGGCGGAACGCAGCUGGUCUUGUAGUAUUUUGGUAGACCGGCGGCGUAUCGACAUACGUCACUGAUGCCUCACCGGCAGGUUUCCACAGUGUCAGGCACAUUUCAGUGCAAUAAAUAAUCAUCAAUUAUUAAUCAGAGUCAGCACAUACAUUUAGAUCUAUAUCGAUAUAUUCUGAUCUAUAUCUGAUCUGAUGAGCGCGUUUGGCACGCGUUUGGACACACAACCUGACCGAAUCAACACAGCUGAAACCGCAUCAAAUUAAAUUCAAUAUCUAGUAAAUAAACACACAUGAUGAAGUUAACAAGAUAUGUAAUUCGUCUCCCUCCUUUUCUUUCUUCCUCUUCCUCUUAUUUCUCGCACAGCUCGACCUGGACACGUCUCCGUGUCCUCUGUCCGUCUUGCUGCUGCUGCAGCUGAACAGAUGAUUUGUUUCAGUGCUCAGAUGCGUUAUCUACUUUAAGCCGACAUACGGAUAUUAUAAUAUUCAGUUUUGUGAGCCAAAUUUAUUUUAUAUGCCAACAUCUAUGAAAGAAAGAGCCAGGCCACGGAGCGCGAUGGGUCAUUUACGCACAGAUGGUUCCGAUUUUAAUGCCAUUUUUGGAGUUUAUGUUGUGAUCUGUGCGCUCAACCCACCUUUGUCACGUGAGGUUUGAAUAUGAGCAACUUUAUGUGAGUGUCUUUAUUUGUGGAAACGGGUGUUUGUCUUACCAGUGGGUCCAACAUUACGCACACUAAAUCCAUCUGUGCUCAUAUGAGAGAGUGUGGAGGACACUUGUUGAGGAGCUGCCCUCUGUCGCCAUCUUGUGGCAUUACCGUCUUCAGACAUCUCUUGAUCUCUUUGACUACUCCAUGAAAAUAGUAAUACGCCUCACCUGUGGCGGAUUUAAAGGCAAGGAGAGGAGCCUAUGUGAUUGGUGAAAACAGGUCUCGGCUGUGUUAAACCAACUACACGCCCCGUCUACGACUUAUGGUGCUGGGAGGAGCUGAGUUAGGGAGGGGGGAUACUUACGCCGGGCUGCGCGGCUCACCAAAAUACCAAAAUGUGCUUGGGAACGCCUUGUCAGCGCGGCGGAUCUGACUGACGCUGCGCUUGCGGCACGUCUCCGGCGAGGCACCAAAAUAGAGCCCGCAGAGUGUUUAUUCUGGGACAGAGGUCAGUGAGCUGUUUUCGAAACGGUUGGUUGUAAUUGGGUGCUUUUAGAAAUAAAAUGAAUAAAAAUUCAUUAAUAAAAUGUAGAAUCUGUGAGCAUGGACCCAGAUUUUGGUUGAAGAAGUGUCAUGAUACCUGUUUGUACGAGUCUACCCAACAUCAUCUUUCGUAAUCAUGAAGUAACCUUGGAACCUAUGGGCUCUCACCUAAAGGCAAAUUAAAUCUGCAUGAAAGUACAGCACACAACAUACUCUUAGAAGUUGUCUCUCCAAGAUCAACUCAGUUUUGGCUUCUUAUCGUGCAAGUCAGAUUGAAAGCAAAGGCAACACAUGGGAAAAUCUUGCCCAGAAAUCCUUCAUAGCUUAUGCCUGGCUGUGCUGGAGGCCCCAAUUAGUUGGCCAUUUUAUAUUCAUAUUAUAAGAUAUAUGGUAUAUGGUUCUUAGUCAUACCCUUUAAGUUGUCCAUACAGUAGCAGUAGUAGAAUUAGAAUAGUUGCAGAGGGAGGUUAAAGGUUGCAAGUAAAGUUAUUAUAGGAAAUCUGACAAGCGCUGUCAUUGUGUUGCAAGAAACAGAAAAACAGAAACACUUAAAGACAAUGUUAGUGUUAGGGUAGCUCGCUAGUGCACAGCUCUUUUAGCAUCGCUGUUAUAGGGAGUUUGUCAACCAGUAUAUUAGUGGGGUUCAGUAUUGUCAGCUAGGAAUUUAAAACUCAACCUUUCUGUGAUCCCACAACACCAUUAACAGGAAACAGGAAUUUUCAACAUGAAUCAUAUGGUUGUUAAUCUUUAUGGAUAAAUACAAAGAUUAAUGCUGUGAGAGCUUUUACCUAAGAUAAGUUAUUUUCUAAAUGUCUGAGUAAAAAAUAUUGGUGAUGGCAGCGACUUUUUCUGGGGCAGCUGGCCCUGCAGUCAAUAUCAGGAACAGAGCUGGCAACUUCUCAUUCAAGCUUAAAACCAUACUGCCUUGAUAAGUGAGCGAAAAGACCAGUCGGGUUGCCAGCGUGUCCAAUUUCCCCUUUCAUACUCUGCCUACACCGUCUGGUUUAUCAAGGGAGCCUCUUGAUACACAAAGCAUAAACAAGGCUACUCAUAAGGCUUAAAACCAGAUGGCUCGGUAAUCUCUUAUUUAUCCUUGUCCUCUCUGUUAACAGCUACCACAAUGUGCUGCAGUAUGAAAUGACCCUUAUCUAAACUUCAUACUACCUUUUCGUUAAAAAUGCAGAAAUACAUCCACAUAACUGGCAUUUAUCAUUACAAAUAAUAUAUGAUACAGCUUCCCAGUAUUGAUACAGCUGAUGAUUUGUUUUGCAAGACGAUCAUGAAUCUAUACACAUUAUACAGGAGUGUUGCAAGACUGUUCACAAAUCCAUACAAGUGUAUUGUGGGAAUUAGAAUCAGUGCAUGAAUGAGUCAUAGAUGCUAUUUUUUUCCCAAAGUAAUCAAAAAGUUCAAACAAAAAUUGAUUUAGGGAUGUUUUUACGGGUGCCUUGGAGAAAAUCGUCAAUUUAAAUCAACCAGACUUCUUUCAGUAGUGUAUAGUUAAUCAGUGUCUGUCUGGUGAAAGCUGUAUCCAUAGAAACAGUGUGAUUUUGAUACUAGAGAUACUUUCCAGUAAGCCUCAUGUUUCAGUCAUCUAAUUACUUCAUGAAUUAGAUAUCAAGUACUAUCAAUUCUAACCAGUCCACUUGGAUUUCUGUGGUAAGCCCUUCAUCGGUUCUGCUUGACAGCGGUCUUGUGAUGAUGCCCAAGUAAUGAUAGUAAUGAGUCCUGGAUCACUGGAAUAUUCGUCCCCAUCCCUGAUUGAUCCACUUUUUUAAUGCAUGGGUUUUGAUUUAUCUUACAAUAUAGACAGUGAGAUGACUCUUCCAUCCAAAGUCAAGUUUGAAUUCUUCUUCCGUACAAAGCAUUUAGUAAAAAAAAAAAAAAAAAAAAAAAAGGUGGUGGUGGUGGGGUGUUCUGAUGAACAUAAAAGCUCUAUCAUGACCUUGUGAAGUGUUCUCGUUCAGCAAAGGCUGUUCCGGUAAGAAUGCCUUGGCAUCACAGCAAGUCUUCAGUUUGUUUGGCCGUGAAUGAGCAGCUAACCUCUCUGUGCUUGUGCGGGGACAGGGAAGGAAAGGGUCCCUUCAUUAUACACCUAUGAUUGCAACUUCAGUAUGUACCGAUAAGCAGAGAAAUAAAGUAAUGCAGCUGGAAAUAAACAGAAAUUUGUCAACAGGGAUUCAGACCUUAUAUAAGAUGUGAUAAUCUAAUUAAGGCUGUUUGAAAAAAGGUGUUAGAGUUCAUCAAGUGGUGAGAUUCCUCCUCCUAGUUGAUAUCUAGGUCGCCACUGGAGAGGAUUGGCAUAGUUUGAAUAUGUCAGAGCUGUAUACAGACGAAAGAGACAACAGAAAGAAAGGAGACUUGUCUAUUAAAGAGAGUAACACAAGGUGAAGAAAUGCCAACUUAAUGUACAACUAUUUCACUGUAAGGUCAUCUAUUUAAAAAGAUAUUAGCAGUUUGCCUUACCUUACCUAUCCCUCAUAAAGGAGUCUGUUUGUGGAUUUGCUCAGUAUGCAAAUGCUUCAGCAAGUUCACUAGAGAUGUGUGAGUCAUUUGCCGUAACAUAGCACUUCACUACACUUUAAUGCAGCUGCAGCGUAUCUCUGAGUGGCUUUGUUGUCAUAAUAUUGAUCCUAUUAAAAGUUACUGACCUUGAAUCCGCCUUCUGGGCUGUUUAUUUUGCACUGUAAACCACUGCCGGUUUUUGAGGGCAAACUAAAUAGGAAAUAGUAUCUCACCGCCUCUGCCACAGGUUCUGCCUCAAUCACUGAGCCCAGGACUGCAGCUCAGGGGGAAAUAAGAUCAAGCAACUGCAAAAACUGUUUUAUCUAGUCAGGCUGUCAUGCCAUGUAGCUGCAGGUUCUAUUUAGGUUGCUCUCACACCGCCUCAGGCAGCCAGACUGGAGCUAGGGAGUCACCUAUUUCAAUGUUGUGCUUUUUGAAAAUAUAAUAAUCCCCUCCUUCUGUGUUCAAAAGCCUUCAAAACACACUAUAUCUGUGCGUAUGUGUGUGAUUUGUGUGGGUGAGUGUAUCUCUGUACUCUGUUUAAGUGCAUAUGCUCUGUUUGCAAUGCGACUGAUAAUUACUGCACACUUUUUGUGUCGCGCAAUGACAGAUAUACCUGUGUUCCUGCGUGUCCGUGGAUGCAUGUUUUCGUGAUGUAGAAUUAGGAGUAUCUCUUCCGCUCGCUUGUCCUCAGAUAGCACUGUCAAGGUAAUACCAUCCUCUCCUCAUACAUUUGAUGCAGUAGCCUUCACCCAUCACAGGGCAGGCAGCGAGACAAACUGAGAGAGAGCAGAGAGUAGAAGAGAGAGAGAAAAUGAAAGCUUUUAAUUUCCUCAGCAGUGCAGCCACUGAGGUUUUUACAGUUGUGCAGAUGGACAUAAACCGGGAUGAAUGCUAGAUGAGUCUCAGAUUGAGUAGCAAGACAGGCCGCCUUUGACUGAGUGUGCUAAUAAAAGACUGAUGUAGAGAUCUUGUUGAAAUCUAUGAUUGAUGAUGCGCUCACUUUCACAGUCAACUUAACAAAUACAUGCUUUCCAGUUACAAUUUGUAAGUGGCCAAGCUCAUUCCUCAUAUAAUAUUUAUCAUGAUAGGUCUUUCUAGCUCUUAUAAACACUCAAAUGUCCACAGGGGUUUAAAGCAUACCUGGGUAAUGAUGACCUACUUGUUACCUUUUGAAAUAUGCAUUUGCUCUCAUCAUGUGCUGUCCAUUUUUAAACAUAAUUUAAAUCAAGGUUAACAGUAGCUAUGAGUGGCUUCAUGUAUUAAACAACUGGUGCUUGAUACAGCUUGAUGCUUUGCAGCACAAUUAGCAAUAUACUCAUUUGUAAUUUCAAGGUUAUAGUCGUUUAGAGCAAUAACAAUGCAUUGAACUGCCUCAGGUGUCUCAAAAAGGCAUCUCAUUGACACACAGUACUCCAGCUAUAAGUAAUCCAGAGCUCUAAAAAUAUUUUUUUCUGCAAUAGAUAAAAAAGGGAGGAUGCACUUUGAAACACUGAGACACAUUGACUUUACACUGGCUAUUGCUGUUUGUGCGCUGUAAAACUCUGAUAUGGUCACAGUGAUACUAAGAUGCAGUGUAUGACCUCCCCUCCCCCUCUCAAUCAAUCAUACCACCGUUUUUUAUGUUGCGCAUUCACAACUAGUUUUAUCCCAAGAUGCUUCACAAAAAAGCUGGUCUGGACCAAACUCUAUUUGCAAAGAAUGGGAUCAGAUUCAGGCCUAUCUGGUUAGAUCAGACCCACUCCCAUCCCAUCUUCAUCCACAUAAGUGUAGCACUUUUCAGUAUUUACAGUAGUUACAGCGGUGAGGAAAAACUUCCUUUUAAUAGGGCAGAAACCUUGGUCAGAACCAAACUUGUAAGACAGUCAUCUGCCACGACUGCAUUUAGUUCAGAGAGGGGAUAGAGGGAGAUGAAGAAAGAGAAAGAUGGACAGAGAUGAGACUGAUGCACAUAGUUCAGGCAGCUAGAAAGCAGGCAAGUCUACGGCAGCAAGAAUUCUGCAGCAGCGAUCCAGAGGAGCCUACAGCAUGAUGGAGCACAGGGUCUCCAAGUAAAGGUUGUGGUUAGUAACUCAAAUGGGAUGCAUUAGAAAUUUCAGUGUUCUGAUUUAUUCAUCUAGUUAUUUUGUGACCAGAUAUUGUUAACAAGAUAGAUAUGCAUUGCUUUCUGGCUUACUUGUCAAUCACAAAUACACUUAUCACAAAUGGACAAAGCUAACACUAUACUACACUGAUGGUGUCUUGGGACUUGAAACCAUAGACUGUAUAUACUAUGGACAACUUGGUUCCGCCUCCCACCUGUAUACAGAUUUGAAGCCAGAAAGCUCUCUGUAUUUCCACGAUUUUUCUUCAUUUCCUGAAACCAGCAUUGCGCAGUAGCGUUGUGCACAUUUGGCGGGAGAGUCGCUGAGAGUCGCUGUGAUGACGCUCGGGUGAGCUACGCAAUCCCUGAACGCCAAUAGACUGUAUCAAGUGUCAAUCAUAGAAAACAUGAACCCCCAAAUAACUUUUAAAAACGGAGCCUAACAGAAAAAAAGAGGACUUGAGCACAAACCAGUCUUGCUGUAACUACAUGUCAACAUCGCAAGCAGUGGGGAGAAAAAAUUAUGUUCUGUGUAAUAAAUUUCUAAAGUUUGUCCACAGCUCCAUCAUUUUUGCUGGUGGAGGUGGAAUUUAUGACCUAUACUGCAGCCCAUCAACAGAGGGUGCUGAAGUGGCUUCACCCAGCGAGGAGGCAGACGGCGUCUAUUCUAUAUACAGUCCAUGCUUGAAACCAAGGAUUAUGGUGGUGUAUAAUAAAAUAAAAGUGUAAAAUAUAUUUUCUUCUGAUCGUUACCAGUCGGGUUGCCCCCUGCUGGUCUCUAGAGAGAAGAUUCUCUCGAUUAUUUUCUCUGAGGCAACAUGUUAAGAAUCUGUCGUUUAAAUGUGUCACAAAUUCCUGAAAUUUCCUCAGAAAAAAAGCCUCACCUUCCUGGCUUGAUACAGAAUCAAGUUUACAACCCAUCCUUUUUCGCUCCUCUUUUCUUAGAAACAGCCUGUCAAAUAAGAGACUUUAUGGUACACUUAACAAUGGCUAAAAAGAAACUCUAGAGGCUGGCAUUGAUUUACAAACCCAGUUUGAAAUGUGUUUUACUGCAAAUGGUGCUACAGAACAUUCUGAUUGCACUCUGAGUGCCCUCGCAGAUAGUCUUUCAAGUGCUUGGAGCCGUGUGCUGAGGCAGAGUUUGUGCUUAUGUACGGAGCUUUUGUUAGUCACUUUACAUGUACUGAGUCCUGUGCCAUCAUUAUUCAAUGAUUCACACUGUGCAGCCAAAACACUCACUCUUAUCUGUGAAGAGGCUGCAGAGACGCAGUCAGACAGCUCUGGGUGGGUGUACGGGUGGGGGACAGAGAGAGACUCUUGCUGUCUCUCCCUCACUCUUGUGGGAAAUGGCUUUCCUCUCUUCCUCACAACAUGAAGCCAGAGAGCAUCCUGACUUCAAGAGCUUUAGAUCCUGAAUAUUCACGCUGGUGGCAUUUCACCGUGUGUAGGCGGUGAGGAUUUGCAGAGAUAGGAGAGAGUGUGUGAAGUAUUGAUCACUAUUGCUGUUGUCCUUGUUUGCUCUAUGUCUCACAGUGCCAGCUUACUCACAGAGCAAGACAGUGAAAGAUUGAACACAGGGAGCAGGUUGGCGUUAUAAAGCAUCGUCACUCAGUGGGGAUGAGCUGAACACAAUUGGGAUUAAUUUAGAGUGAUAUGUUUAAAGACAACAAAAGGAGUGAUGCAUGCGACUCAUGAAAUGAGGCCACAUAAAUUGUGUUUUUUCUGUGCGUCACUUUAGGGAGCUACAGCUUUGCAUGCCUGAGUUAUAUAACAAGAUGUUUAUAUAGAAACUUUUAUUUUUAUUCUAGUGGCGUUAAGUUUCUCACUGAAAUUGAAGUUCAUCAGUUUAUUGAGGAACAUAAAAAAACGAAUCUGAACUCCUCAUAAGAAUUAAAGUCUUUAUUUUUUAUUCAACAAGUCUAAUGACCUCACAUUGGAAGUCUCUUUUAGUCGACCACUGAGACCCAACCUACGAAAACCUAAUUUGGGGAUUUUUUUGAACAUGUCCCUGAUUUAAUUGAAAGUCUAAGUUUGCAAAUAAGUAGAAAUUUGAAGUAGCAGAUGGGCACUUUGGACAGAUAUCUUCACUGAAGCCUUGUUUUGUUGGAUAAUGAACUUGUUUCCAGAACUCUAAUUUCAUUUUUCCUUUUGAGUCACAUGGUUAAAUCAACAAGGAAAGAUUUUGUAGAGGCAGAUUUAUUGACCUGCUUCAUGCAGUAUCUGUGGCAGAAUAAAAGCCAAACUGAUAUUAUCUGAAAACCUUUUUUUAAAUUGAACUUUCUGUCUUUUUAUCUCUGCCAAAUUCACGAUGUUGUUUCAUUUUAAGAUCCUCUCCAACAGCAAUUUGGUUACAAUAUUCGCCUGAGAAUAUCAUUGUUGAUUAGCUGCCAGUUGUAAACUGGGAUAGUUGUUGGCUCGAGGGUGUUUGUCUUGCUACAAGCCUCUAUUCUUACAUUAGCCCCAGCAUUGGCUCAUGAACUGUAAUACCAUAGUAGCCACAAAUUCACUUAUAAAACCAUUUGUUGCAACUGUUCCUUUCCAUUUAUAUUCCAACAGAAAUUUAUUUAUACACAUACAAAACCUUUAUUUAAACAAAAGGAAAUCACAUAACACAACCUUUUUUUAGCAGAGUUCCACUGCUUAGUAAGACAUAUUUUUAGAGAAAUUCAAAGAAUUGAAAAUUAAGGAGAUUAUUCAUUAAAUUAGACCAACCAAAGUUUUAAACACAGAUAGAUGAUGGAUGUUGUUGAGAAGACAACAAUUUUUAGCCAUUGUUGUGUAGUUUUGUGUUGCCUUUAAAGAUUUGGCUUUCGAUAUAUUACGCUCCUACUAUAUCCCACCAAAAGGUUACUAUUUCUUAUAUUAUGUGGGGUUCCCCAGGGAUCCUUUGCUGGUUCCCUGUUUUUUUGAGUUUACAUGUUGAUGCAGGGUUGAAAAAACACAUUCAGCUGUACAAAAGAAAGUGAAAAUAUUAUUUUGAUCAAUAAUAUCAUGUUUAUUGGAUGUUUGGUGAUUAAUAUUGUAACUUUCUGCAUCCUAAUAAAUCCGACUGACACUGGCCUGUCAGCUGUUAUUAACAAUUCCAGCUGUAUUUCAGUUACAGUUGUAUUGUCUCUGUGUAGUUAAUGGAAACAGCCAAGAUAAAGCCUUUCUAAUGAAGUAGUAAAAUGGUGAUUUUUUUACUUGUAAUGCAUCAAAUAUUAUAUAAUAGAGUCAUGCAGAAAACCCUUAAGCAUCUUUAUCUGCUUCUUUUUACCAAGAGGUUUAACAUAAGUUUUAAGUUUUCACUGAAUGACUCAAAUGUUUGUGUUUGUAGGGUCAAGCAUCCCAGAUGGUGAAGCUUCUGCAUUACUGUCUCCAUGGAUAUUACUACAAUACUUAUAAUGAGGAGCAUAAAUUCUGCUGGCUUUAAUGUGGCGAAUUAGAUAUUCAUAUUAAAGCACAGACACUACAACAAGAAAAACAUACCUUAAUUAUUAAACUCGAGCCCUCAUGCCCAUAACUGCCUCCUUUUAGAGUAAUAAUAAUAACAAUAAUGCCAUCAUGCACCAGCUGUGUGCAAGUUGUCUUUUGAAAAUGGGUAAACCUGACAGCUUCAUCACGUCUAAAUAGCAGAAAAUUGAGCGUGUCAAACAAAUACCUUUCGGCACAGAGGGUCCUUUACAGGUUGUGAAGUGUGAAGCAACACAUUUUGUGUCUUUUAUAAUGGAGUACGGCUUGUAUAAUGCAAAUCAAUGUGUUGUAUACAUGGUGUUUACAUUUUCAAUCAAAGGAGGAAUUUCAUAACUUCCAUUGACUUUUGACCCCUUCAUCCUGUAUGUUCAGAAGCUUGGACUGAACUAGAUUUGAAUUUAGUGAGUGGAGCUUGAAAAACGCUGGUUGGAGGAUGAAAAAGAAGAGAGUGGUUGUUGUGUACAAAUGGAUUUGCAUUGUUAGAAUCUUAAAUGUUAAAAAAAAUUGACAAAUGAGGGAUCAAACAACAGGAGCUUCUUGUUAUCAGAGGCCACCGUCGUUUCACACAAGAGUAAACAGGAGAGUGUUUCGUUCUAGCAUGUGAUGGAUAGAUAUCACAAUGCAUUCACCUCUCUGUACACUGUAUCUUUAUGCAGCUUUGGUUCAGAUAACCCUAUCAGCGUAUAAAACAUCUGUGUUGAGUGUGUGUGAUGUGUCAAUUGAGCAACAUUAGACAUCCACUGUGGCUAAUACACUUACUAGUGACAUUUAACCCAUACAGCUCUACUUCAAACAUGCUUAAAUAUCCAUUUAAGUCUUGCAAAAAGCUUGUUUACUGGAUUAGACUGUGGCAAGAAAUAAUAUUGCUCAACUUCCCAAAUUCAAUAGCUGUUUCCAGAUUCAAUAAGCACAGCUAACUUGUGAUUUUAUGUAACAAGUGACACAAAUCAGAGACACUAUUCAUGGACAGAAAUCUGACAGCAGCGACUGUUCGUUACCAACUGCUUUGCCUCACUCUGUCCCUGAGGACACAGCUGAACCUCACAGGAAUCUUUGUGUAUCUGUUUACCUCACUCACACACUACCUCUACUUGCUAAGGCUAGUUUGUUAAAAGUGCUCACUGUUUCUCUUGUGUUCUCUCCCUCCUUUUCUCCCCCACUGUCCCCGGGUUGUCCAGAUGGAGGAGGUAAUAGCCCGAAUGCAGGAUGAGAAAAAUGGCAUACCCAUCCGAACAGUGAAAAGUUUCCUCACCAAGAUCCCCAGUGUUUUUUCAGGUAAGCUUUUAUUCCUCUCUGACUCUUUCUGUUUAGCCCUCCUCUUCUUGUCUCCUCUCUUCUCCACUUGGCUCCCACCCACUAAGUACCCGUUUAGUACUUCUUGCCAAACAAACACUGAAAGUAUUUGGAGAGUCGUCCGCUCUCUGCAUUUCACACCAGCUGUGGGAGAAUGUCAGGAGGAUUGUAUUGGAUUUCUGAGCAAUGCAGCCUAAUAGAUAAAAAUGUACGCUGUGGUGAAACUCCAUAAGAGGUUAGUAAAGUUAAAGACCGCAGUCAAAAGCUAAGAGGAGUGAGGCUGACAUCACUUUCAUUUACACACACAGAAAGAUAAAACCACAUUGCAUACUUUAACUUGAUAUAACUAUGACAGUAACUCAAUAAAGCCUAUAAGAACUUAUCAAAAAUGCAGCUCGACAGUGCGUAAUUGAUUCUGUGGAUUAAUCAAUUGGGCAUAAAGAUUGAUGAUGUAAUGAUUGGCCAGCUAUACAUUUGAUAUACAUUUAUGAUUUCCCUGCAAGUUCUUCUUACUGGAAAUUGUGCAUAACCCUUAUUUUGCAUGCCAAUGCCCCAGGGCUCAGAGACUUCCAGACACACCACUGGUCAACAUCGCCGAUAAGUAAGGCCUCACACUGUGCUUGUCACAACCACUGACAGGUCCAGGCUCUGCUGACAUAGUGGCCAAGAUGGGGCUCAGAUUAAAAAAAAAAGGUUGGCAGUGGAAAUCUAUACAUGGCCACAAUGCAUAGUUUAGCUGUAUUUACAUAAUUGAUAUAUUGAUGGAUGCUUUUGGCAUCUGCGGGGCAGCUGAUGAGGUUUUUUUUCCCCCUUUUUGAUAGAUAAUGUUUAAAUCCAAGCUACGUAAGCAUAGAUUUUUCUCUCUGACUUAUCUUCAUCUCACUCUGUACAUUUGGUUCAUGUUGCAAACAUCCGUACUUGCUGUAGGAGCAUGAUAGAAUAACAACAGAUGGCUUGUACUUGUGGCUCUGUUUUUGCUCCUAUUUCCUGGAAACAGUACAUGCAAACAUAUUACUGAAGUGCUGUCUUCAUCACCACUUUUACAAGACAAAAAAAAAAAGAAUUUUGUCAUAACUUCCCUAAAAACUACCAUAGUCACAAACUGCGUUAUAAAAAGUAAAAGUGAUGCCAAUGUGUAAUUUUGUCAUGUCGACCAGAACUUUCUAAAAAUGUCCCUCAAACAUGACUUCACUCUAUCAUUACACUUUUCCCAUGCAUAGCAGUUUUUAGAGAUACAGUCCCCCUGUAGCCUCCCCUCUGUGAACACCACAACUAUUGUGUUCAGUGGACAACUCAGCUAUAAACACUAACAGUCUCAGACAAAGACUAUGUAGCUGUAGUGCAUCACUCCUCCACACCACUUAAACACUCAAUUUUUCACAGAAUGCAUCGAUUUAUUUACCUUACUUUUUCCCCUCACUUCUUCAUUUAGUUCACUUUUACAGUAAAAGCAUUCGCUCUUAAUUGAUUUUAUGGCAGGGUCUUAAUAGAUCCAAUACUGGUUUGUCAUAAUAACUUUUGCAAAUGUUGUUCCUUUUUUAACUGCUGAGCUAAGCUGAGUGCAGCAAUUUUAUCUGUUAUGAAUUGUUAACUAUAUAACCAUUUUCAAUUUAUUUGGAGAGCAUGAAACUGAAGAUUUGUGGGUAAUGGCUGCAGAUAAAUCUGUAACCAGUACUCUGGUUGAGGGGGGAUAAGGGGGAAUGAGGGGAAUACACACAAGGAGGUGUACUUGGGUAUAUAAACUGUAAAGUAAGCUGUCAAGGUAGUGAACAUUAUAUUUUCGGGACAGCAAAUAUUCUGAAUCAGAGGGCUAUUGUUUUUUUUCAGCUUUUCUUAAUAGCCUGAAUGAAAUCAAUAAAGGCACCUGCUUUUGAAUCCAUCCAAUAGUAAGGAAAACUUGGAUUAUUAAGCCUUGUAAUGUACUUUCAACCGCCUUCCAUUGGGGUAUGCAUCAAGGCAGGGGUGCAUCCUACGACAAACAUUUCCCUCCCCACCAGCGUCGCUAAUUCCCCACUAAACAGCGCUACUUUUCCUUCUCCUUUCUCUGUUGGAUCGGGUAACCAAGGGUUCACCAAGGGUGGUGAAGUAGCGCUGGUGACGCUUUUGGGAUUUUAGUAUCAUGGCCGAGCGACAUGGACAGCUCAAUCUGAGGGAUAAUGCGAUAAAAUAAUUAUCUUUGUGCUUUAGCAACAAUAAAACGGGUACACAGUUGGUUUCCAACCAUGUGCACUGUUAGCAGAUCAAAAUAUCUGUCCCAAACAAUAAAAUCCACCAUCCCCCCUGAUUUUAUUUCACAACACAACUACUGUCUGUAACUGUGCAGACAUUAGCCAGGGAUGUCAGAACACCCAACUAUCUGAGUGAAAGAGAUGUGGACUAAAUUGAAGUAACCAGCCAACACCUUAUUGUUAUUAUUAUUAUUAUUUUUGUUAUAGGUUAAAUUUAAAUGUUACUGUUUGAAUCUUAGUGUUGCAGUUUACCACUGCUUAAAUUAAGUGUGACAGGUCGGCGUAUUUAGCUUAAAGCAGCAGUGUGUAACACAAACAUUAUAAAAGGAAAAACCCUCUGCCUCUCCCUCUACUUAUUUGUAUUACUUUACCAAGCCACUCUAAUCAAAAUGAUGCACCAUAUAUGUGCACACUGUUUGCUGGGCUUUGGCUGGUGCUGAAUACCAAGACAUCCAGCCGCCCACAGCAAAGAGGUAACCAUUGUGCUCGCUAUAACUGGAUGUAGAGACAUUGUAUAGGGCUGGGCGAUAUGCCACAAAAUUAAACACCAAUCCUACAAACGACAAAUACAAAGGAUUCAUAACAAGCUUGACCUUCAGCACAAUAAUCUGAAUUCACUAAUUAAACUGAUUUAUGUCCCAUCCCAAACAGCAAAAUGUCAAAAUCACUUUCGGUGAGAUUUGAUGAGCAUCAGUGCUGACAGUUAAUCAAUAUAAAUCUAGAGGACGCUUAACUGAAGCCACUGCUGCACAGCCACCGUCAUGUUGCGCAAAAUCACAUAGAAGUUACACAGUGCCAUUUCAUAUGAAGACCAAGUGGUGGGCUGGUUUUGUGCAAGCUAACCUUUAUUCGUUGUUUGAUUCAGACUGCAUGAGUUCAGUAAAUUAAAUACAAAGGCAUCAGAAGUCAUAGACCAGACAUCAGGUGCGAUUUCACUGUACUACUGUAAAUCACCUGCAAGAACAAAAUCUGUUAUCCUCACCAAAUUAUCAUGAAAUAAUGUAAGCUUGACCUCAGUGAAAGUUAAUUACUUUUUGACAUGACCAAAGUACUGUUCAGAGUGCUACUAGAGCAUCUUAAUAGCUUAAAUACACUCUUGACAAAACUGCAAAGAAGUGUAAAAAGUUAUCACAUUUUAAUCUGCAAAAGAAACCAGAUAAUUCAGAUCUUCUGCUUUUAUCAAUUAACAAAUCCACUGUUUUUGGGAAGAGUAUCUGCAGUUUCACUGUGUCUUUAUUUUUAACCCUAACGUUUUCCUUUCAAAAUAAAAGCCCUGGCCUGUUUAAUGGUGAUAUACUGAAAAUAUUCACUCUGAGAUAUUAUUCAGGUCAUUUACACUUGCAUUUGCCGUUAUUCUUAAUGUUUAAGCUCAUCUUCCUAUUUAUAAUUUAGUCACACCCUGAUGUACAUGCGUACACUGACUAACACACAUUCCUAUGUGGCGUCUAAUCUAUGGGUAUGAUAAUAAUCAAUUCAGUGAACAGCCUUGUCAGAGGAUUACCUUACACGUCUCAUUUAAGCUUGCUCUUAGAAAGUGGGUCAACUCUGAUAAUUUGAAAAUGGGGUUGUAUUAAUGAUGUUAAUCCACAGAAAAUCUCAUCUGGUUAUGAGGGUGUGGAGACGGCAGCGGGUGCAGAGGAAAAGAAACAGACGAAACACAGAUAGACAGACAGACAGCUUGAUGGGCAGAUAGACAGCCACAGGGACUGACUCUCUCACUGCAUGAAUUCCCUCAUGUCUCCAUUUCACACCUUUCUCUGCCUUUUGUGGCUCUCGUCUCCUCAGCACACCUUCACCUGUCAGCAUGACAGCCAGUAAUAAUAGCUUGGAAAAUACAGUAUAUAUUUAGCACAAGUGCCAGAGUCACAUGUUGUGUUGAGGUGUGAAAACUCCCAGGGAAAAGGGGGUGGGGUGGGGUGGGGACUUAGGGGAUUGUCUGUAAGAGGUGAGAAAAUGAUUAAUCUGCAAAAAUUUGAUCUCAAUACCACAAAAAUGCAAAUGUUGAACACAAGCGUCCACAUUGCUUUAAAAUUGUAUAAAGACUUGAAAAGAAAAAUUUACAUAUAUAUAUUGUACAUAGAUGGAUAUUGUUGGAGCCUUGUCUUUUAUUCAGUUUGCAGUAUUAUUCUCUCCUCUCCUCUUAUUGUGACCCUUGAACUUCUUUGAUUUUGUUUCAGGCGGGAGAAAAUAUGAUGCAUUAACUUAUUAAAGGACACAAUCACAACUGGGAUACCUGCGCCGUGACUGAGUCAGACAAAAUGUGUUGUAACUGUACACAAUAGAUGCUUCAUUAUGCCAUUGUCCCUCUCUGGUCAUUCAUAUUAAUGGACUACAGCUUGGAGAGGGUGUCAGAAAAGAAAAUUUGGUAAUGGAUGGCCUAUUACCCACCCACAUGGUGCAACGCAAAAGGAAUUGAUAUGCAAUGCGAUGAUGACUGGAGGUGGGCUGGGUUAAGAGUGUCAUUGUUUUCCCUUUCAUUUGCAUUUAUAUGCAUAAAGGUGUUCCAGCACACGGUGAAUACAUUAGAUACGUCAGUGAUUAAUAUUUAUGUGCUUUCUCUUCUCUCAGGUUCUGAGAUCGUACAGUGGAUGAUCAAGAAUCUGGACAUUGAAGAUCAAGGUAAAAAGGCUGCUUCGUUUUGAUCAAGAGGAGACCUUUUUUUAACAGACAUACAAAACGAGUUGUUGAUUAUUGAAGUCUGGCUGCUCAUUUGUUUCCUCAACAUCAUAGUCGUCAGUUGAAGCUGCAGAAAUAGACAUGACACACAGCUCGUAGAGGCAGCCUACUUUGGAACAGAGAGUGCAAUUUGCAUCACAGUAAGCACACUGUACACGUUCUUCACACCAUUCAGGCAUAUCAUUACCUCAGAUGUCCAUCCUCUAUGAUAAUAAAAAAAAAAACACAGAACUCGGCUGAAAAUAUUAUUGAGUAUGCAGUUUUUCCAGUGUCAAACAAACCCGGUGAUGAAUGUUCCUCAUGCCUCAGGAAACAUUUCAAACAGAGGAUCCAGCAUGCUUUGAAUUGUGUCUCACUUUGACAAAAUAUAAACUAAAAUAGGCAACACAUGAGGCCUGUAUUAAUACACAGAAUUUGCAGUAAUUAAGGUGACUAUGAGGUUGACGUCUUAUUUUCAGUACUACAAAGAUAGAUAAAAGUAUGGUAUAAAAGAUGGUCUUCAGAAAAUCACCACACACUGACCAAUCAGAUCCUUUAAUCAUAGAGUUCUGUGCUGAUUGAGAGAGGGGAGGAAGUAGAGACGUGUGCAGGACACUUUGUCUAUCUGUGUGAUGUAACAUAUGGGGGAAAAAUGAUGAAAGUUAAAAACUCAGCAUUUCUAAUAUCAUCUUUCACAAGAGACUUCAUAGGUGAGUGCACCAGCUGGGUCAAUCAUAUUUCUUAUAUUGGGCUUCACUAACACGGACCUUUUGACCUGAACUUACGCCAAGUUCACCAGGCCUGACUAACACCAGUCAUAGCUGCACUCAGUCUUACCACUGACAUGAACAUUUGCAGAGCGGUGAAUGUAACUCACUUCCUUUUUCUCUGCUCUUCUCUUCUCUUCUCCUUUCUUCUCUUCUCUUCUUUGCUGUGAACAAAACAAGCAAACAGAGACAUUGAACAGGGAUACUGGAAAGCUCUGUAUCCAAUACUUUCAUCAUAAAGCAGCAUAUCGACGUGUUUGGAGGGAAGACAGAGCUGACAGCCUCUUUUACAUUAUACCUGAGAGCCAUAAGUACCUGCAGGGCAGGAGAAACUCUGUGUUUCUAUCCCGUAUAAACAGUAGUUAAAAGAAGAGCUCUUUAUAGACUUAUACUAGACUAAAAUAAGCCUCAAAGGAGCUCACUAUCUAAGUCGAGUCAGAUCAUUGAUUGCUCUCUCUCAACUUGAAGCCCUACAACCUUUCAUCCUGUAAACAAGGAAAAAACAGGGUUUGAGUCUAACUGAUACACAGGGCUUCACUUUAAACUCUUAAAAAAACAUAAGGUUACACAUAAGGUUACACCCAGAUUUGUGUGUAGCUGGUAAUGUGUUUAAAAUAUAUUAGGCUGAAGCUGAAGCAUUAUGUCUACAACAGUCAGACACACCACAGGAAUAUAUAAAAGCAAUUGAUUACUAUAAAGGGAUAAACAGGGAGUAUUAUGGAUCAGUCUUACACUUAUGAUCAUUUCAGGCCUAAUUUGUGGAUCAUCUUUUAGCUUCAUUUUGCAAAUCCAUGUUGAUUUCCCUUUUUUUCUAACACUGCAGUUUGUUCUGAGUUUAUAAAACAUGACAAUCUGCUUUCUAAAGGCUUGUUCGUGUUUAGGAUUGUGAUAUGUUGCCAACUCCUCCCUGUUUCGGUUACUCUGGGCGACUUUGAAUAACAAGCUUCACUUUGCAGAUUCUCCUCUCUGAGAGUUAGUGAAGCCAGACAACCAAAACCUACAUGAGGUGUGUUGACCUUGCAUUGUAGUGUAGGCCUGUAUGCACGUCCCUAAAGAGGGAGGCUGUAGUGCUCUGAGCCCGUCCUCAACAACACUGAGUUUACUGGAGGGCUGCACUCUAAGAGAUUGCUGUUUUAUCGUAUGAUGAGAGGAUACGUGGAUGUUGCUCUCCCUUUCUUUAAAUGUAUUCAUUAGUAAGUACUUAAAAGAGGAACACCUGUGCCUUUGAGGAACUUGCAUGUACUAUUACUUUAUUGAACAAAAGUCCUCAGCUCUUGUUUUUUCUUUGAGCUGUCUAUUAUGUCCUUGAGCUUCAGUAACCACUGCUAUUCUUUCCCAUUCUUCCUUUUUUUCUCACUCAUUACUCUUUUAUUUAUUCCAAAGUGAUUAAAGUAGAACUUUGAUGUCUUAAGGGAGAAGCCAGAUCAUUUGUUGAGCCCCUUGUUGUGUAAAAAUGACUCAAAAGUGGGCUGGUUGAACUGUGGUAACUAUGAAAACACAUCAGUUAUGGAUGGUUAUAGAGAAAUGUAGCCAGCAGUGUGAAUCUUCUCAGAGAUUUGUGUAUACAGUAGGUGUGUUUACCCGGAUUGUUUAUGUGUGUGGGUGUUUAUUCCAGUGUUUGUCUACUCUAAUGUGUGCCUCAGGACUGUACAGCUUGUUCAUUGUUUUGACACUAAGCUGACUCAUGAGUUCACAAGUCCUCUGUGUGUUAUUUCAUUAUAAAUUCAAGGAUCUGCUCCUCUCUCCUAUGCUUGUCAAUUUUACAUGUUCACUUCAUGUUCUGGAUCGGGGUGCUGCCUCUGUGGGAUAUUUGGAAAAUACUAAGAAAGCAGUGAAAUCGUGGAUAAACUCUGCAGUGUUUAGUAUUUCUUCCACUUUUUGCGGGUCAGACAGAAUGUUACAGCGCUUACGUUUCGCCUAUUUAAAUGUGCCCAAGAGAUUAUGCUUUCCCACAGCCUCAGACUGCAUUGUGAUAAAUAAUGUAACGGUAUACUGAUGCCUCUUGCUUUAAAAAUAAAUACGUUUAAAAAUAACUGAAAUCACAGGUAAUCAGUUGACUGCAGAGAACUUCUGCUUCCAGUAACUUCUGCUUGCUGUGCUAUACUUGGCCUAAAAUGCUUGUUUUGCUGCUCUGUACUAAGGACGGGUAAAAAAAAAAACACAUCAUCAUUACCCCAAGCACAAAAACAUCCAAAGUGUUAAAUUUUAUGUCGCCUGCAAUUUCUGCAAUGAUCUUCCAUAGUGUUGCUCUCCGUGAAAAUAGUCAAAACUGCACAUUCAUACCAGUGAGGAGUCUGAAAACACGUGUAAACAGGCAGAUGUUCUCGAUCCUUUAGGGCUACAUUUUUAGUUUGCUCACUUGUUUUUCGAAACAGGCACAACCUGUGCAUAAACGCCCCGUGGUGGUGAAAAGAGUGUUGGGAGAAAAACUAUAAGACUUCCACACAGAGCAGCUCCUGGCGGUGCUGUCAAACACAUUAUAGUGAAAUACCACUAAUUUGGCUCACAGCAGGACAGCAGCAUGUUUAUUAUGUUUAGGUGGAUGAGCUUACAUCAGAACUGCAGAGGAUUUUGAGUGUUAUUUGCUAAAUUAAUGCCACAAAUUACUCAAUGAUGCACUCAAGAUGAACUCAUUAUCUUCUCAAAGUCCCCAUUCGAUACAACAUUCGAUCAGCCAAUCCAGAUCUAAGGCUUCAAAGUUAUGCUUGAAUGUUUUAAAUGGCUUUUGGGACAUUUUAGCUGAAGUUUAGUGUUUUAGCUCUUUGAAAUAAUACUUUCAUUAUAAUUAUACCUAUUACUGACUUUGACAUUUUCAUAAAAUGUGCUUCAGAGGCAUGAGGGAAUAAACUGCUCCCUUCAUUUAGGGUUUCUGUUCUAUUAUGAAGGGCAGACAUCUUUCAGUUUAAUUCAACUCAAAAGAACUUUAUAUUUUCCUUGGGGGAUUGGUAACAGAUACAAGAUAAAUGUGAAACUUAUCCAUAACUUAUCCUUACAAGACUUUAAUCAUAACCUUUUUAUAGUCUUAGUCUUGUAAAAUUUAAGUUUAUAAGUGGUCUCUAAAUUAGCAACAAUAAUCAAUAGAAGUGAAAAUUAUUUUUUUUAGAAAAGCCUCAUGGUAUAUCAAUACUGAUCUUAAAUUCCCUGCAAAUGUGUUACAAGCUCAUAAUACAGUGUCUAUUUAUCUUUCAAUAACCCUUAUAGAGUCUUAUUACUGUUACUACACCUCCUAUAGAUGACUCUUAUAUAAACUGUUAAGUUUCUAGUGAGAGCAUCUGAGCGUCCGUCUGCAACAAUGAAUGUGCUUCUUAUGUUUUGUUAACUCUCAUAAAUGUUUAUAAGCCCCAUAUAAGGUCUCAUAAAUUGUUUUAUUAACUUUCAAUCACUGCUUAUUUCAAGGGACUCAACAUAGACUGCUACCAAACUGUUUUAUAACAACACCCUUAAUACAUAUAUACUGAAUAUGCAAACAGUUAGACAAAGCAAGUCAAAGAGCAUUGAUUGAUAAAAUAAUAUUAUUUCUUUCUGUGGAAAAUCAGCAGCAAUAAAAACAUUAAAGAUGACAUCAACCACAACGGGACAUCAUCAAAAAGACUCACCGUCAAGCUGUGAGUGUGUAUGCAUUUGUGUUAUUAAAUGCGUGAAUUGCACAUAAAAAACAUCUAAUCUGAUCAGUUGAGCACCAGGGGACAGUAAAGUGAUCACUGGAGGAGGUCAUGUGACUCAUCAGAGCAGCAUGGAGAGGCUGCAUGCUGCUCUGUAUAAUCCCUCUGAUGGCCUUCUCCUCAAACUUUUCUCCUCAUCAGACUCAAGAGGCACUCUCAGAGUGAAGCACUAAGAUGAUCUUUUUCAGUCUCCUGAGAUCACCUCUUUCUGCACCGCCAUCCCGGCAUGUUGAAAAGCUUGAAACUUUCUAACUUGUAAAGUAAGGGUGUUUGAAAUAUUCUAGGCAUCUUUCCUGAGUCUCAGUUGCACAAGUAUAUUAUCAAAGCAAAAUGCUCAACAAAGCUCAACACACUCCUGCAGAAAAAUGAGACCAAGACGACUUAUGUCUCAAUCUUUAUCAUCGGGCUUGUUUCUAGUGAUCUUGUUUGCUUGUGCAGUUCAUAAAAAGCAUCACUGUUUUUUUCAUUCUGCUUCUUCACCAGAAAACUCCCCUGUUGAGCUUUAACCUUUGCUUUGAGUAAGAUAUAUUUGGAUUAUUUGUCUCUUUGCUCCUCUUAAAAUGACUGAAAGAAACCACCUGAGAAGUUCAGCGAGGGGAAUGAGUUGUAAAAAAACUGCAAAUUAGAAAGUUUAGUAAAAUUUAGAGGAACUCCAGAUGGACUCUGAUUUUUUCUUUUUCUUUUACUAUAAUACAAUUAAUUAUGAUUCUUUUAACCUUACAGGUUUUAUAUAAAAUCAAGAACAAGAUUUUGUCCAAACACAGUUGCAAGUUGUAGUUAAAGCGAAUACAAAGUACUUCAAGGUUAAACUUGGCAAAUCCUUUGUGGGCAUUUCCAAUUGAUUUUAAACAGGGCUUCUUCUUAUGUAACAGCAUUUAGAGUAUAGAGCAAACAUCCAUCAAACAGAACUACAAAUAGAGAAUCUCUGCCCUUUUGCCUUCAGAUGAAGCUCAGCUAGAGUCAUACUCUCACACUCCAUUUGGCAGGGCUCCAGUCUGCUGAGUUUUUGGCACCGAGUUGGUAAUAUGAAUAAAAUCAAAGGGUGUUCUCCCCCCAGACACCGUCGCUGGCCUUUCUUGACAACUUCACUAAUUCUAGUCCAAGGCUGAUUCAGCUAUAAAGCUUAUAGAAAAAUGUAUGGUAAAAAGGACACCAGAGGAAACCCCUUGUUACAACAGAACUGAUCUUUGUAGACUCUAAAAACAACGAAACAAUUUUUAGUUCAUUUUGAAGGUUAUUGUUUUAUCAACCACAUCAAAUGCUUUAGGCAAAAUAAGAAACAUCAACUGUCUGUACAAAAUUCUGACUUGAGCCUGAGAUGCAUGGGCCACUUAAUUUAAAAUAACUGGGUAUGUAAAGCAGAGACAGAAGGAUUAUUUAAGGGGUUUAGAGAAACUGUUCAGUAACUGUGCUCACUGAUGACAUUCAACAUCCGACCUUAAAAUGGCAUCUGGAAAAACCCUCAGCUUCACUUCAACACAGCAAAGAGGCUGAAAAAGUCAUCACAUAAACAGACACUCAGCUCUAGAUUGAAUUAUAGGCGACAGGAAAACUCAACUGCACUGUCCGCCUAUAUGUCACUUUUCAUACUUUGCUGCCUUCACUUUUGUCUGACAUUCAUCCCUGCUGAGAUAAUGCAGAAUGUGAAAAGUUAUCACAGAUUAUAAAUAAAAUGGGGUUUGUGUGAGGGGAUUUUGUGGCCAGAUGACAGGAGUUAACCCAGUCUGUCCUUGUAGCUCUCUCAUUAGAAUUAAUUCUCUGAUUUAAUAACAAAAUAGGAUGUAAAGUAAAUUAUGUAUAAAUUCUGCUGCCAGGAGCAGCGCAGUGGUUAAAGAGGAAGGGGUGUGUUUAUAAGUAAACAGGUCUAAAUAACUUAUGAGCCAUCAUUAAUUAAUGAAUCCCAGGGACACAUAGGCGCACACACACACACACACACACACACACACACACACACACACACACACACACACACACACACACACACACACACGCUUACACAUGAUCAUCCUGACUCUCCCAAGCUGUGACAGUCACCUCAGAGGUAGAGGGAAAGCUGAUCUAUAUUUAUCUCACACACACAUGGAUAAGAAUAUGUGUGUGCAUAUACGUGUGCGUGUGUGUGUGUGUGUGUGUGUGUGUGUGUGUGUGUGUGUGUGUGUGAACUAAAGAGCAUGUUUUAUGCAUGCAUACAGUAAUCUGCUGCUGUUGCAUUACUCUGCCUAUUUGAAAUAUGUCAGGGGUUUUAACCUUUGCAUGUGUUAACCUAUUAGUCAAUAUCAGAGAUUGGUAUCCAGCAUCCUUUUGUAUUUACUCUUUGUAGUUAACAAUAAUCAGAUUUCCUGUCAGGAAAAAAAAAAAAAAACAGUUUCUGAUGUUUAUGACAUCCAAUAACCAAUAAUCGGUUGACCUCUAGUUCUACUUGUUGUGGUUUACCGGGACUCUCUGUGCUGUAAUUUAAUAUUGACACAUGUUCAGUUACAGACUAGCUAGUUUAAUAUGAUCUGAAAUUGAUUUGAUUUGAUUUAUUUGGAUCCCCAUUAGCCAUGGCAAUGCCAAAGCUACUCAUUCUGAGGUCCAUCAAAUACCUAACAAUGCAUCAAUGCAGAACAACAUAUCACAUACAAUACAGUCCUUGUUCAAAUACAAAGCAAACACAACAGAUACACAAACCAACAACACAUAAACAACACAAGACAGCUCCUGGUCGGCAGCACCACACAAAGCUGUAUCACGUCAUAUCAAUCCAAACAGAGCCCAACUGUAUUGUAUCGUAUCAUAUCAUAUCAUAUAGUAUUGUUCCGUAUCGUGUGGUAUCGUGUCGUAUCGUGUUGUAUCGUGUCGUAUUGUAUCGUAUCGUAUCGUAUCGCCUUGACAGGAUCACAAUAAAUCGCUUAGAUGAAAGACACCAAGCUGUUACUGGAGAGCAAAAGCAGCAACGAUUCAGGCACAAGCUGACUCAAUGUGCCUACUCUAAUAAAGCACAUCACUUCAGUUUAGAAACUUGUAGUCCAAGGUUUAGAAACAUUUACGAAAAUUUUCAGAGCAACUUUGGUCACGUAAGGGUGGUAAUAUAUAGUAAGUGAAACUGUUGCCUUUUUUUCAGUUGCUAAAUAUCUUGCGAUCACUUUCAUUACAGGAGUAUUGCAUUGUGAGUGCUAACAUGAUCACUGCAUGAUCUGAUGUAUGGCAUUUUGUUAACUCGCUGUCUUUUAGUUUUUGGAGAAUAUUUCUCCUACUAUUUGCUGAGAGAAGCUCCAAAUCCUCUCAGAAUGCUCCUCGAUUGUCCCAAAAGUUUUUCAUCUUGGAAGGUUGAAGGGCUGAGAUUUUACAAGGAUCUUGUCUUAACUUUGAAGAGAAAAUGUAAUGAUUCUAAGAAUUCCCUUGAAUUUAAUCACCAGGAGCCUUGGUUUGCAGGGUUGAGUAGAAAGCUGUGUAGAGGGUUAUUAUUGGGGUGGAGGGAUCAAAGCUGCGCCCCGGGGCUUAACUGAGGGCAGCCACUGAGAUGGAAGCCUCUGGUCAGCUGACUGGCAAAAGUUUUAGGAAGCAGCAGGUUGUUUUUCAAAAAAGAGAAGAUGCCACAGAAAGGUAAACAUCUCCCUGUCACAACUUUUUUGAAGCAUGUAGCUGGUAGCAAUUUUCAAAAUGAGCAUAACAUUUACAUCUCAACAUUUGUUAUUUUGUCUUUGCAGCGUUUUCAGAUAACAGCAGAGUCUGAAUAGUUAUCAAACCAUCUGAUUCUGUUCACAUCUACAUUUUAUGAUGCAUCCCAACGUUUCUAGAAUUAGGGUCGUUCAAAUUAUCAGCUGAAUUUAAAGAUGAGCGAUGGAUGUUGACACCUUGAAUGGCUUACAGGCUGAAAGCAGCAGGGAGUCAGUGGUGGCAGAUGAGACACACUUUAAUGAUGAUUACAUGUUUUCAUUAUCUGAUGGUUUUAAAUCAAGCACAGCCAACCGUGUGCUGCAGAGCGCUGGAGGGAAACAGAUUUUGUCUCCAACUAAGCACAACACCAGGUGAUUUGGUUGAUGAGUUCUGCCUCUGUGGAUGAAGGUGGGCCAAUCAGCAGGACCCCCUGCUGUUCUGUUUGGUUGUGGCAAAGAGCUGCCUUUCCUUCUGUCAAGCAGUGUCAGAGUCUAUUAGAGCUGCAGCUCCUGAUUCAGGCUCCCGGUGUUUAAUUCUGGCCACUCUGUCGAGGAUGAAUUUCUGCCGCGGGAUUAAAGGUGAAUAAAGUUAAUUAGCUGGUGGGACAGAAAAAGCAUGCUGGCUAAGGAUCUGGAAAUGGAACUACUGAUUGGGGCAUAAUCAGAAAAUCUUCUUUUAAUGAAAAAGUGGCCGCCCAAAACAGGUUUAUCUUUUAGUGCCUAAUGAACCGAGUAAAGGCUGUUUACAAAGAGUAUAAACUAGAAUUUUUGUUAAGGAAAGAUCUUGUCUUUGGGAUCCCGAGGGGUAAGUUUGGCAUAAUAAAAAAAUGCUUAUAGGAAGCCUAUAGCACAGACACUUAAAACUCAGUAAGAGCUGACCGUAAAGAGUAAAAAUGUCAUAAAAUGUGGCAUUAAGACCUUUAAAACUCAUACCACCUAUAUACCUUGUUUAAUAUCUCGUAAAAGGUUAAACGUUGAGUAUUUCUCAGCUCUGAACACCCAAAAGGCAGCAGAAACCUCAGGAAUCUACUAACACUGAUCAAGAAAAAGCCUUUUUCUUUUUCUUUGGUCAAUCUACUGUACACAUUCAAAAUAUGCCAGGUUAAAACAAGGUUAUCACCUCCAAAUGCUUGUUACACAGCUUCUUACAUCAUAUUUUUUAUAGUUUGUAAGAUUGUUUUGUUGGAGAUUGACACCACAUAAAAUCAAAGCCUCUGAUUUAUUGUCUGUGAAGAAAUCAGUGUCUGUUUUAGUCCUUGUGGAGGAAGGUAUCUGUUCAACAGCAGAUAUACCGAUCAUUAUUGUACUCCUCUGUAUAUCUCACUUUACGGGAAAAAUAUUCUAACACAUUUUUGUGGGAAGAAAAAGUUUCUAUAUCCAGAGAAAACACACUAAAUAUCUGCAAGAUAGUUGACAAUGUUGUUACCUUAAACUUAUGGAACAAUCAAAGCUGCUCUCUGUUAGGGAGUCAAACGUUCCUGCCCACCAUCUUUUUAUGUAACACAAUGCUGAUAUACUGUAUGUGUGAAAACUUCAUAUAGAUGAAUGUGCCAGUCCACAUUAUAACUGUGAACACCAAAGGAAAAUCAAGAGUUUCUUAUUUAUAUCCUGUUGUUCUCUUGUCUGUCUUUCUCCAGUGGAGGCUCUUCACUUAGGGACUCUGAUGGCUGCACACGGUUACUUCUUCCCCAUCUCGGACCAUGUCCUAACCCUCAAAGACGAUGGCACUUUCUAUAGGUUUCAGGUAAAAAUAGUCACACUUUCAUUAUUCUACCUAAGUCUUCUUAGCAACUCUUUUCUGCUCAAAAAUCCCUUUAUCUCCAUACUUGGAUCGACAGUUUUCGUGAUUUGUUAGUGCACCCCCAAAGUGUGCUGCACACAGCUAACCCGACUAAAUCAAUGUCUGAGGCUCUGUGUGUGUGUAUCAGUAGCAGUCUUCACUUUACUCUUUACCUGUAAUCACUUUUCAUUUGAAGCAAGUCCACACUACGGUGCCUGUGGAGGGUCAAGAUUCAUGCUGAUGUCUGCUCUCACGCUCGCUGAAAGGAGAUUAUGUGCUUUAGACUUCCUGCUGAGCCCAUUACACAACAAAAUGUUUUAUUGUAACAGAUGCAGCGCUGGGACUGCAUACCCACUUCUCACGACAGCGCACACUUUGACUCAAAACACCAACUAUGUGAUCAAAUAUUCUGAAUCUUCUUUUGGUUUUGGUUUCUUCAUGAAGUUUUUUUUUUCCCUACCAGACUCCAUAUUUUUGGCCAUCAAACUGCUGGGAACCAGAAAACACAGACUAUGGUAAGAGAGCUACUCUGUUUUUGUAUAAUUUAAGUCCCACUUUAUGUAUUCAUUUUGCAACAUUUUCCAAAGACACUAAUGAUGUUUGUGCAGUACAUUAAUUUAAUGAGUCCACUGAAUACAUUACUGCAGCUAAUUUUUACAGUGUUAAAACAGAAAUAAUGCAACAACAGUAUGAAGACAUUAAACCACUCUUUCUCUUGCUGUGUGGGUGCAGUACAGUUCGCCUCCAAACUUCUACUUCAUAAAUGUGCAUUUUCAAAUAUACUCCCCUCUUCAGACUAACUGAAGUGUGAAGUAACUGAGCACCAACACUUUUGUCACUGCACUAAGAGUCUGUAUGUUCUGUGUCCAUGCAACACGUCCAGUACAGUUGUUUUCUAUCAAGAAAAUAGAGUGUUGAAACUUUCUUCAAUUCAACUAAUCAACAAGGUACAAAUGGACCCAUCUUCAGUGGUGUAAAGCUAUGCUCCAGACAGGUCUCUUGAUGACAGGGCCACACAAAACCGCAUUUCUUCUGGGUAAAACACUCACAAUUUACAAGUGUCUUAUAUAACCUACUUAAACGCAUCCCCAUAAGUAGAGUUUUCAAGUGUCUGUACUUCGUUGAAGUAUUUAUAUUCCUAGAGUGUUUUCAUUUUUACAAUCUGUAUUGUUCAAAUGAGUUCAAGAAGAGUCAGUUGACUUUGGUUAUGUAUAAUUAAGUGUCAUCUUCCAGGGGUGUGUCCUUGGACAUCCUUAAACCUAAUUGGCCACUUUAUUUAACACUUCAAAAUGCUUAACUUUGAUUGGCUGUUUGCCUCGCCUUAUAUUGAAACCAUCUGGGUUGUGUAGCAACAGGCUUUCAACCUUUUUCAUAUGGUGACUUUGAAUAAGAAGAUUUUAAUUUAGAUGAAUCUGCUGUGCAACUUUUUUUUAAAUCUAAGAAAUGCACAAUAAGUAGAGAGAGAAAGGGUAGAUAAAUUCUAUACAUUCUUGUAAGUGCAUGCAUACCUUACUCAGCAUUUGGUCCCCUAACCCCGUCAAAAAAAGGUGGAUCUGUACUGCCUCCUUGGGAUUGGGAAAUGUUUGCACCUCAAUAAAUGGAGCAUAAACACUUAAUAAAAAUAACUCAUUAGGGUAACCAUUAAUGCGCUUUUAAGCAGGACAGACUUAACACACAAAAAUUACAAAAAGUAAAAACCAAAAAGUCAAUAAGUUGGAAACUUGGCAGACAAUGUGAGGGAAGUCAUGCGUCUUAGUGACAGGGAUAGCCAGCAUUUCAGACUGUGAGGCAUCCUUGUCUUACUGAUUUGAAAAUGUGGAGUGUAUCAUUUUACAUUUUAACAUUUUAAGAAUAUUUGGUAACACUUAAUUUGACACCUAUCUCUAUAACGCAUUAUAAAUACAUUUAUAAUGCCUAAUAAUCACGUCAUAGCACUAUAUAACUAUAGUUAUAAACACUCAAAUGAUCAAAGUGCUUUAUAGCAAUAAUUAUAAUGACACACUAAAUAGCAUUUUAUCAUGACUUGCACGGUCAGGUAUUAUAAUGUGCUAUAGCUGUCAACAACAGUUGCAUUGCAUUAUCCAUGUGGGCAUUGUCAGUGAGUUAUUAAGAGUUAUAACACAUUAUAAUACCUGACCUUGUAAGUCAUGAUAUAAUGCUUUAUAAUAUGUUAUGAUUAUCGCUAUAAAGCAUUAUGAUCAUUUAUGAGUGUUUAUAACUAUAGUUAUGCAGUGCUAUAACGUGAUUAUAAUGCAUUAUACAUUAUUUGUAAUGCGUUAUAGAGACAGGCGUCAAAAAAAGUGUUACAGAAUAUUGUAUUCAAUCUUGGUAAAAAAAUAUGAUGUUAGGUUAAGUUAGAUUACCCCCAAACAGCCUAUGAAUUUGUCCUGCAGAGGCUGAUUUUCUACUGUAUGUGUCACAUAGACCUUCAGAUAUUUACUGUAAUCUUUGAAGAAGUAAAUAUGCACUCCCGCUUUUUCAAAACCUAUUUUUCUGUCCAUCUUCUGUCACACGCAAACUCUCACCCUCUCCACUGACUCAUACAGACUGACAGCAUCCAGGGAUCCAUUUGUAUGUGUGCAUGUGUUUCUGAUGGGUUUGAUAGCAUUGCUCGGAUGAGAUUUUGAUUGUUGUACAGAGGACUGGAGAAAUGACAAACAUUUCGUAAUGCUGAAAAUGGUCUGGCUGAACAGCCGCAGCCUUGCGGGCCUUUCAUUUGUUGUUUGAGUUGUAGGAGAGGGAACAAAAUAAUGUUCCCUGUGGGAAUAAUCCUGCCAGCGUUAGAGGGAGUUUAAGUAUCUCAGAUGUAGCAACUGAUUCACGUGAAUGAUGCCUCGUAAUGAAAACAGUCUAAUGGCAUAAUGAAGCCUGCACAUAAUGGUCAGUUUAGGAAGGAAUAGAGGGAUGAUGAUAGCAGAGGAAGACAUUAGAAAUCAGGCUCUCACACACACAUGCAAACAAACACACGAAUACACACUAGUACAGGCACUCAGAUACUAUCCACAGUCAAUGACCUUUGUGAUUUGCAGGCUGGUUUAAAUGUGCACUUGAGAGGAUUAAAUGAGUGAACACAGGGCCACUCAGGGCUGUUAAAACCAAGCUGAGAUCCAGUACUCCCUCCAUAACCAACCUCUCUUCCCUUGCCGUCUCUCUGUUUUCCAGCUGUUUACCUCUGCAAAAGAACAAUGCAAAAUAAAGCACGUCUGGAGCUGGCGGACUAUGAAGCGGUAAGUGAAAGAGGUAUUUUAGUGUCAGCUCUGCUCUUGUCACAGAUCUGUUUUUGUUUCUGCAUCACUCUCAAGCUUCAUCUGUUGCCUUUUUCCUUCAAACUGAACUGAGAACAUUUGUUUUUCUGUUUGCCGCUGGAGCGCUUAUCACGGAUCCUAUUAACAGAAUCUCUGUGUCAGUUUAACUUCCUGUCCCAUCGUUAUUUAAACAGAGAUCAUAAACGAUGGUAUCUAUUUUGUGAAGUUGAAAUGAUGAUCCCUAAUCCUCAAAACCUUUGCUAAUCUGUUAUUUUGUGUUUGCUCUGUUUACAGGAGAGCUUAGCGAGGCUACAGAGAGCUUUUGCCAGAAAGUGGGAGUUCAUUUUUAUGCAAGCAGAAGCACAAGCAAAGUAAGUCUCUGUAAAAAUGCUCAUAACUUUGGCAAUUGGGCGAGUCUUUUUGAGAUGAUCAUAGGAUGAUUAAAGAAAAAGUAAGCAACAUGGACACUCCAAUGGAAAAAAAGAACAAAAAGACUGUCUGCCUGUAUCACUCUGCUAAGCCCCUCACACGAACCAUUGUCAUGCAUACCAUCUGUUUCACUCAGCUGGUUUUCAGACUCAGGGGGCUGACACAUUGAAAAACAUCUGAUCAAUAUAUCUCUUGAAACGUUAUAAAAGUAGCAACAAGGAGGGCCCUAGAGCUCUCAGCGCAACAGAGACAAAAAAAAACGGAGUGAGAGAGAGAAAGACCUGUCGAAACUAGGGCCCGACCAAUAUGGAUUUUUUUGGAGCCAAUGCCAAUACCGAUAAUUAGGGGGGAAAAAUCCAAUCCGAUUAAUCUGCCAAUUUUUUACAUUUUUAUGAGUUUUUAAAAUUGUCUUAAUAUAAGUAAUAAAUCUACAUAUUUACUUAUUUUUUUAGCCUUUCAAACACUUCUUCAAAGAAUUAAAGGCAGAAAACUAGUUUCAGAUCCUUUUUAUUGCUAAAACAACCCCUGGCUGUUUAUUUUAACUGUAAUAAAGAUAAUAAACUAAUUCUUUUCAGCUUAUUAUUCAGACUGUAGCGGGUGUGAGUCUGAUUAUUUUGUCAAUCUUUGUCUUGUCAAACUCACACACUCGUUAUCCUCUAAAAUAAAUAGAAUAAAUAAAAAUAAAGCUAACUCACGUAUACCAUAAAAAAUAAGGAACACUCGUAGGCUACUGCUCUUCACACCGACAGGAAGACCAACUGAUCAUCUCAGUAAUAUUCGGACCAGAAAAGCGUUUUCAACUACACCAUCUACAGGAUAAGUCGGGGGAUCUUUUCAAAUGGCGGAACAUUUUCGAAGUGAAACCGAAUCUUAUUCUCCACAUUUAAUUUCUGAAAAUGUCGGCGACAAUCAGCGAGUUUUGGCCUAUUACCGAUUAGUCUCAAAUGGGCUAAAAUUGGCCCUAGCCAAAGCACGUUGUACGGAAGCAAGAUGAUCAUCCAGAAUCACUUUGAUUGGCUCAUUUUCAGUGUAGAAACCACACACACCAACCAUCUUGAUUAUAUCAUGUUGCUUACUGUAACUUUAAAAGUCCACAACUUUAUAUAAAAGACCAAACACACAGCGGACUGAAGGUGGAAUGAAAACAUGAUUGAGGUACACUUUCUGCAAAAGCAGUUAUCAAUUUGUUUUUUUCCAUCACAGAGUUGACAAGAAAAGAGACAAAAUUGAGAGGAAAAUCCUCGACAGUCAGGAAAGAGCAUUCUGGGACGUGCACAGACCAGUGGUGAGUGAAAUUACUGAUGUUGUCUUCUUCUUCUCCACCUUUGCUGUCCCUGAUAUCAUUGCUGACAUUAUCAACAACAUCUUAAUUGUCCUUGUAAAAGUGGCUAAGAGUAAAAAGACAUGAAAAAUAAGACCAAACUAACAGCACACACACACACAGUGACUGUAAAACACGCUGUAUGGAUAGUAAACAAUUUAGUUCAGUCUAUCCUUCACAUUCACAUAAAGAUGGGAUACCUUUUAAUGGUGCAAAAUGAUAACCGCGUAAUUACUUAUAUUUAAAAGAGCUUUAAAUAUUCAGAAUUUCUGUGAUGUUUUUUAUGGCGCAAAGAAGUAAACACCCUAUUAAUCCCCGGUUGGAUAUUCGCCUGCCACACACAUGAAAUGCCACGUCAAUAACUGUCACAGCACAUCAGCAUCAGUGCUGCUCUUUACCUUGUUCAUACACACUCGCUUAGCAUUAGCAUUUAGUUUCCCCCUGAGGUUAAAGGGUCUCCUCUGCAGCAAUUCUCUGAAAGCUGCUGCUCCAUGCUUAAUUGGAAAAUAAGUUCAAUUUAUGCGUCCUUGGAGCAACAUAAUCAAUAUUAAUUCAAAUUUCACAGUGACGCCGUCAAGCUACUUAGCUUUGUUCUCCUGGAAGAGACCCAGAUUAGACCACUUGUCCAAUCAGGCAGAAUUUGCACACUGAGACUCUGAUUUCCUGCAGGUUUUCUUGUUUUGCUAAAAUUGGCACAUUCCACGUUCAAUUAAGCAGCAUUUUACACAUUGUCCUGAAGACUCCUCUGAAUCACGUCACACCCCUUCAAAGCAUGCUAUAUUUGAUCAACUCAGCCCAGCAGUGGGUUGCACCUGCAUUGAUUCUGGAGAGUAAAUCAUAAACAGUUUAAGGUGUGAAGAAUUUAAUAUAAGCUGAAUUAGUUCAUCAUUUUCAGAGUUUUUCCCCUUUUUUUUCUCACAGCCUGGAUGCGUGAACACAACGGAAGUUGACAUAAAGAAAUCCUCUAGAAUGAAAAAUCCCCACAAAACCAGAAAGGUAAGAAAAAUCACCAUUACACCUUUCUGAUGGUUAAUUUGAUUAUUUUUUAAUGAUGGAUGGGGAGGUCAGGGGGCUUUUAUUGGGAGAGUAUAGGAUAGCGAGUGGAGCAGGAAGCCAGGACAAAGUGGGGAGUGACAUGUGGGUAAGGGUGAACUGAACCACCUCCCUGUAACUCUUUACCCUCUUGAUACUGCGACACAGACAGUGUAACACAGAGUAAGAAGACAGUUACAGAUGUCUUUGUCAGCACCUCUAUUGUUCUGCCUGUUAAUUUUAUCUGUAUGUUUUUGUUGUUUCAGUCUGUUUACGGGCUGCAGAAUGAUAUCCGCACCCACAGCCCGACCCACACCCCCGCCCCAGAGGCUAAGCAGCCCACAGAAGAAGAACUGCAAGAACAGGUUAGACCAAUCCUUGAAGGGAUGUUCCGGCGUAAAAUUAAUUUAGGGUCAAACACACCGUAACACCGAGUUAGACACCCCCUCGAGAGAUGAAUGUUGCUGACUACUUGCUUCUCUAGUUAUACCAACUUUAGCAACGACCGCAGGAUACCAAUACACAGCGGUCUGAGGAGCCAUACACAAACCUCAACCAAAACGCCACUCUAUAGCCACAAAUAAUGCUCAGAACAGCACCUAACUUCAUCAACAGUACAUAUAGGCUCCCAGCCACAGUACUAGCCACCAAACAUCUUUUUAACUUUGCCUAAUUUCUUUAGCAAAGAGACCAAACACAACUCACCUACUCUCUUCCAGCAGCCGCUUGUUUGUAGCAAGACCUUGGGCCAGUCCAUUACGGACUACAGUGGGGUGACACAGCUCAAGGAAGAACAUUUAUGAUAAUUUCUUCAUGGAAAUUUAAGAUAUUUGACAAGAUUUCAAAUUAAAACAUAAAAACUUUCAUCUGCCUUUGAACAGCAAACACCAGCAUGCAACCACUUCCAAGCCAAGAUAUCCUGAGUGUGAAGAUUACGCUUCAUCAGCUUGAAAUCUCUAAUGUAAAACUACUAAAAGUAAUACCAGCAUGUUGCCUCUUCCUAUCCUUUAUUUCAUUCUAGCUUGUAAUUAGCUGACUCCUAUCAUUAGUUAGGUUCUAACUUGCCAAAAAUGUUGUUUUUACUUUUUCCCCUCAGACUUUACCGUUUCAUUACCUUGUUAGUUGUAAAUGAACGAAGAAGCAAUAAACUGACAAUGACAAUGAUUUAAGAAGUAGCAGUAGCAGUUGAGCAUGAAACCAGAAAAAAGGCCAUCUAUGUGAAAGUGCUGCAGUAACUGUAAUUGUUUCUGGUCUUUUUAUCUUAUCAGACAAAGAUGACUUUGGGUUUAAUUUAAGACCAGCACAGACCACAACUUUAGAGAUAUUGAUAACAAAAUUACUGUAAUUAGAAACAAAAUCCAAGUGCAAGAAAACUACAAACUAAUUUGAUCCUUAUUUUAUUAUAGUUAUCCAAACAGAUACUGAAAAGCUUUAACAAUCAUAUAGAUGAUUAAUAUUGAUUUUUUUUCUGUGUGCUUUUAUGGAAAGAUAAAUUCUUUGGAUCAGUUUGAGAGGAGCCUGCUGCAGAUUUCAUUGUCAGUGUAUAAACAGUGUGAGACUUGAGCUGGUCUGGUCCCGGUCUUGGUCUCUGUAUUAGUACAACACUAAUAGCAUCAAGGGUCCUUUAAACAGUGUAGAGAUUAAACUGUGCACAACAACAUUACACUGUUAAAAUAAUAUGCUGCAGUAAAACAUGCCUGAUAUCUAACAAUUUCAAGUGAGUGAGUGAGACUGAUGCUGAUUGCUCUCUGCUCUGGUUUCAGAUCACCUUUUGGCAAUUGCAAUUAGACCGGCAUCGACUGAAAAUGUCUAAAGUGGCGGAGAGGUGAGUGAUGUUCUUUGUGUCUUUAUUCAGUUUGGCCAUCGAUCUGUUUAUUGAGCCUCUAAACAGCCAAACAUGGCGCAGAAUUAAGAGCUGCGCUGACCUUGAGGAGUGAUUUGUCCCACACAAUGCCUUCAGUGAGCGUCAGCACUGAUGAUGCCAGAUACUGUGUGGCACAUUAAGUGUCAAUUUGUCAUUUCCAUCACUGUGCAGACACAAGCAUUCAGCGUGGAGGCUCUAUCCUUGUGUCAAAACACACUUGCAGGAUUGGCUCUGAAGGGGAUUCCACAAACAUCUCAUUCUUAACUGCACACAGAUAGGCAUGCUGCACAGGAUGUUAUAAAAGUAGAUUAUUGAGUCACACCCUCUCUGUUGUCUCUGCUAAAAAAAUAGUUUGCUGGGCUACACAGAGCAGUACGUUGAAUACGACCCCUUCCUCACGCCUCCAGACCCAUCCAACCCCUGGAUCUCAGAUGACACCACACUUUGGGAGCUGGAAGCAAGGUGGGACCCUGUAUAGAUUUUUACAUCAUAGAUUAUUAUAAACCAAUGUAUAUUUUCAGUUUGUGUGAAUCUAAUUGGUGAUUUGAAGCCUUUUGUUUUUGUGGCCUUUUCCAGCAAGGAACCAGGCCAGCAGAGGGUAAAGAGGUGGGCUUUUGGCAUCGAUGAGGUUCUCAAAGAUCCUGUGGGAAGAGAACAGUUCCUCAAGUUCCUGGAGUCUGAGUUCAGCUCAGAGAAUCUCAGGUGAAUAAAAUACUGCUAUGCCGAAGAGCUGCAGCUAUCGAAUAUUUUAGUAAUCAAGUAUUCUACCGAAUAUUCAACCGAUUACUCGAGUAAUUGGACCCAAACAGCAGACUCACCCAAAGUUAGGUUUCCUAUAGCCCCACAAUUAAGUCAAUGCUCGUAAGAAGGCUAAUUAUGAUAUUAACUUUAAUCAUGCCCAUAAAGAUAUUAGUGUCCGAGAGUUGAAUAACUCUUAUGUUACCUGCUUCUGCUACGACACCAGCAACGUUAGACUACAAGCUAGUGUGAAGAGAAGUGUACAGAGUCGCUAGGUUGGCAACACUGCAAGAAAAGCCCCUCUGAUCAUUUAUUUUUUCACAAAACACUACUCAUCAGCUUCAUAUUUUGUUCUUACACUUUCUUUAUACUUUGUUUUAAACCGAAAUAUGUUUGUGCAGUUGCGAUCAUUUGAGGCUUCUUAUAUUAAAAUCGCAGGAAUAAUGACAAUUGUAAAUAAGUAACAACAGUCUUUUGUGAGUUUUUAGCUCAAAACCACAAGAUUAAUGCGUAAUAUAUUCCACACUGAGUGCUCUGCAUCUCUGAGUGAUAUAUCUGAAACACAGACAGGCACACAAAGAGACUGGCACACAGGGCAGCCAAACUUGGGCUGCAUUCUAUAUCACAAUUUAGAGAAAACACAAAUAUAAGCACCAAGUUGAAUUACUUUUUUCAUUUGUGAACUUUUUUUUUUUUUUAACUUUUUCACACACAUUCACGCUCCCACUCCCACUCCCACACACACACACACACACACACACACACACAUACAUAUACAUAUACCAGAUGAUACACAAAUGAACGUAUGCAUCCACAAGUUUUUAUAUUCUCCACUUUUAUUGCUUAAAAGAGUAUAUCCGCGCUUACCUUGACCCUUUCAGCCCUUCUGUUGUUCUGGAUGUAACAGCCUCUGUCUCUUUGACUUAUCUCGUUUGUCCUCUUGGAGUUUCAGCUGUUCUCCUCGCAUGUUUUGCGGUUAAAAGGUGUCUGUCGAGCGACGACUUUCGCUUGUGUUCCUCCACGAUAUUUCAGGCAGUGCAGAAGGGUUUACCUCCGCUUUCAUGUAACACAUCUGGAAAUCGACUCGCACGAACUUUGGCGGUGAUAUUUGUUGGUAAAUGUGAGCGUUUCGCGUUGCGCACGUCUUCAUCUUCUCAAUGUACACAAGGAAGUGAAUACGGUGACGAAAUACGGAAUACGGUGGCGAAAGAGAGCUUAUUGGUCGAAUUCGUGGGAAAUUCGCGGUGAUUGGGCGAAAUUGGAGCGCCUCGCUGAAGUCGCGCUGAUUGGUUGAAUUUGCGUUAAUAGUCGCGAUCGCAAUAUCGCGAACUUCCGGAGGAACUGAUCUUUAUACACAUUUGAUGGAAAUAUUGGUAACAUUGAAUUACCUUUUGUAAAAUCUGCUAUUGUUAGCAAACUUUAAAACUGUCAUCUGUCAUCUGACAUGCACCCUUAAAGUUUGUUCCUUUUAAUGUGUGCCAUUGAGUGGCUUUAUACGGUGGCCGAGAACCACCACUGCAGCAAAUAAAAUAAUAAUGCAAAAAAGAGAGGUUGCAACGGAGGUUACUGGUGCAAAAAAAAGAAAGAAAGAAACUGAAGCCUGCUGCAAAUAAAAUAAGGAAUGGUGCAGAUUUUAAAAAAGCCAUAACGGAGUCGAUAUUAAGUUGAACUAGAGGAUGCCGAUGUAGUGUUAGCUACACUUAAACUUAAUAUGGCCUAACACAUUGAAAAGCACACAAAGUGGAAUUAAACAAUAACCUUUCCACUUACUUUUUUGCUCGUCUUCUCGCCGCCGUUGUCUUUUCCUAAAUCAUAAAACACCGGUGCAUCAUCAUUAUUGUUCCCCAGCAGCUCACUUCCGUUGUGGCUUUUUUUUUUUUUUUUGUCGCAUCCUUUUAUUUUCGCAGUAAGUUACUUGUUUUUUUUUGUUUGUUUUUUGCAUCACCACUUUUUGCAUCAUUUAUUUCCGUUGUGGCUUUUUUUUUUUUUAAUCUGCACUGUUUCUUUUUUUAAUUGCAGCGGGCUUCCUUUUUUUUUUUUUUUGCUUGGGUAACUUCCGUAGUGACCUCUUUUUUUUUUUUUGCAUUUCUUUUUUAUUUGCAGCAGUGGCGGUUCUCGACCACCACAGCUUUACACGUGCAUAGACUAUAAGAUAAGAUGUUCCUUUAAUAGUCCCAUGAGGGGAAAUUCCAAGCCUAUAGCCUGAAUCCUGGAUGCUUCUCCUGAAAUCUUAAUAAGGAAUUCUGUAGCGUCUGAAAACAUGCUGAUAACUCUGACAGUGCAGAGCAGAGGUGUGAUAUGAGGGGAUUUUCUACCCUGGGCAGUACAUAAUGUAGGAAAUGGCUGUUUGUAUUCUAACAUGGAGCUCAACUGGAUAAUUUAAGGGGGAUUUCAGGAAGUUUCACAGUAAAAUGCUAACAUAUUCACCAGCAAGUUUUAUACCAGCAGCAUUAUGUAAGCUCACAGCUAUCACUACUCCACUUUCAUGGCUUCUACAUAAGAAGUAGCAGUAGAAGUAUAAGUAGUAGCCUGCAGUAAUGAUGUGCCUGAGCCGGUGGAUGCAGCUUUUUUAAAAUAUACACUGCUGAAUCCGUGGCUGAAAUAACUCAGGUGGGCAGGAAUAUUAUGGUAAUCCCUUUAUUCAUGGAAACAGGAAUACUGCAGAGUAUUAGAAGUGCAUGCUAAGAGCUGAAUAUGAAUAGAGUCACCACAGCGCAGGAGAGCUGCUCUGCUCCUUCUGAUGGAACAGGCACACGCUGUUGCCGCCAAGAACUGAUUAUGUGGUCACUUUACUUUGAUUAAUAUUAGCCAUGAUAGUCUUUUUUUUCUCUUUGGCAACUGAAUAGAAGAUUAUGAGUCAAAUUUUUUAAUCCAAUAAGUGUUAAAUGGAAAGGAAUGCUCUUUAAAUAAAAUGUUGAAUUUUUAUCAGGGAUUAUUUUCUCAAACAGAUUUGUAAGCCAGUGUCAACUUUGUAAUACAAAAAGAUAUCCUUGCUGAACGAACUAGACUUCCAGCUUUGAAAAAUCCAUGACCUUUGACCUGACAAUAAUUGAUGUCCUGCACAUAAAAAGUCGAUGCUAUUGAACUAUUUUUCAGUCUUCUCUUUUUAAAAGUGUAUCAAUAUUGACAUUUUUAACUUGCAGUGCUGACUGACUUUAUCAACAGCUGAAGGUCUAACCUCUAAAUCUGUUCUAUAGGUUCUGGCUAGCAGUCCAAGAACUAAAGAAGCGCCCCAUCAGAGAAGUUCCAACUCGGGUUCAAGAGAUUUGGCAGGAGUUUCUGGCCCCCGGAGCACCCAGUGCCAUAAACGUCGACUCCAAGAGCUACGAUAAAACCACCCAGAAUGUCAAAGAUCCUGGGCGCUACGCCUUUGAGGAUGCACAGGUUCACACUCUUUAUCCACAUCCAUUGUUAAUCACUGCCACGGUUUGGCACAAUUGAAAACGCAAAGAGACAUCCUGACUCUUACCCAUCUAUGAAUCAGAGCCCUGAGACAGAUCUGUAUUGUCUUUCUUGCGCCUGAGGCCUUUUUAUACAUUGUGUUUUUUUAUUAUGUGCCUUCACAACAGGAACACAUCUACAAGUUGAUGAAAAGUGAUUCUUACAGCCGUUUUAUCCGCUCCAGUGCCUACCAGGAGUUAUUACAGGCCAAGAAGAAGGUAAGAAACACAACUUCAAACACUGGAUAAAUGUCUCCUUCAAUCUGUGACCCAGAUAUUUCAAUGAAGUGUACAUUUUAAACCCUCGCUGUUGUUAUUGCAUACACUUAAACUUGCACUUUCAUCCUAAAGAUACAGAAACUUUCCCUCCACUGUCAUCCACAGUUAUGUUUUUUCAAAGUCUGUUAUCGCCCAUUAAUCUCUGCACACAUAAAGCAAGUUUGUAAUUUCACUUGAUGCGUCACUGUCCUAUAGACACAUACCUUCUGCUACAAUUUACUCAAUGUGUACGGUCAUUUUUAACGCCAAAGGCAGAAAAUUAUAGCAGAUUUAGAACAACAUUGGAGUUGUGUUGUGUUUGUGUUCCCUUGAGGAAAAGACCAAAACAUACCUACAGCACUAUAUGUGGUAGAUAUUUAAAGUUGAAAUCCCUGUCAAACUAAAAAAACAUGUCAAACAGAUAACAGUCUGUGAUACCAGAGGGAAGCAGACGGUAUAAAUGCAGCGUUUUACCAGAGCGUUCUUCAUCUGUGGAUGAUGGAGAUGCUGAUACAGGACUCCUGUCAAGCUUGUAGGAGCCAUUGUGACAAGCAGAGACACUGAAACUGUCACAACAUGAUGAAUAAUUCAAAUUUAUACAGGUGUAUUUAUGUGCUUAAAACCUGCCUUGUCUUUCACCUCCUACACUUUGUCUGCUUGUCAUUCUGUCAGCAGAGAUUUAAAGAUUAUAACUGAGGCGUUUUUAUGAUAAAGUUUCAUUUGAGUGCCGUGCUUCGUUUUGAUGUAGUUUUUGUCUUUCUGAUGUCUCUCAAGUGACAUCAGAGAAUUCUAGCUUGCUGGAUUUUGAAUAUUUAUGGUGCCUUAAAUCCUCAUGCAUAAUGAUAUAAAUGAACCAAAUGUGUCUUUUUCUUUCCUUACAGAAAAGUAAGAACCUAUUUUGAAGGCUCUUGUUUCCAGGUAAUGUCCAACUAAAAUGAUGCAUAUCAUAUCGCUUAUCACAUUACAAUACAUUUUACACUAUUUUGUUAAGUAUACAACCGUAGUAUAUCCUUCCUCCAGUGGUAACUUUUACUACGCACCCACUUUGUUAAGGGUCAUUGUCUUAAAUCAGCUGUACAUUACACUAAAAACAAUUCUCUGUCAUCCAAUUUGGUUCUCAUCUCUAGGUUACCUUGUUUCAUUAUCCAUGAAAUUAUUGCUGAUAAUAUUUUUUGUAGUGGGCCUCUGGGCCUUUCUUUGUCAGUAUACCCCUCAUACAGACAUCUAAACUGAAUUGAUCUCACAUGCUUGGACAUGCCUGAAGUUGUUUUUUUGUGCAGAGAAAAACAUGGCAAAAUGACAAUUUCCUAAAUCUCACAUGAUUGGAAGAGGAUCUGACUGUCAGUGUGGUGCCUGUCAGUGCACAUAGGAUUUUAGUUUUUGCUCUAAUUAUUAGAUAUUAAUUUAUCCAGGUCAACAGCGACCCUAACACCACAAGAGCCCUAAUUUUAAUAAGAGCAUUUUAUAAUUUAGUCAAUUUUUUUUUUGUUUUUUAUUUUGUUGAAAUAGAGGUUCCUGACAAAGUCAAAAAGUCUUGAUGCAAAAAAGCUCAUUUUUCUUUUGAGCAUUUUAAAACAAAGAACAGGUCGCUGUAGACCCUAACACAGGAAGAGGGUUGAAUAAAUAAGGGAUGCGAGUAAAGUUACAUAAGAUAAAGCUCAAACCUUUAAGUUGUGUAGUAUGCAAUUCUUGCAGCUUGUCCAUGACUUUUUAUUCGGGAGAAAAAACAUUCUCAUUCUUCCACUUUCUCACCCUCUUUUCUACUUGUCUCUUUUUCUUAGCGCAGGGGAAACCACUAGCAUCCAAGAGGCUGACCAGUCGUGUGCCAUCAUGCUAAAAUCAAUGCCAUCUCUCUCUCUCUCUGGGACAUGGAGAGGAAGACCAUCUCAUCUCUUUGUCAUCAUUGUCUGUCCAUGCGCUCCUGCCUCAGCCAGGCGAUGAGCCAGGCCGUCUGUUCGUCUGUUGUCCACAGGAUGUUGCAUGUCCAUGGAGAGGAUGCCCCUCCUUCUCUUCUCCUCUUACAGUACCUGAUAUAUUUCCAGUAAUCUCCAAAUGAAAGGCGCUGCUGCUGCUGCUGCUGGACUUGUGAGGACACAGAAACAGACUGGUGAGAUGAAAAAUGUCAAAACCUUCUUUCCAUCGAAAAACUGCUGGACCGGAGCCCAAAUCUCUCACUUCCAGCUGAAACAAAUGAUGUCAGAGAGAAAAAAAGAGAAAAAAAAAAACAGAAAAAACUUAUAAGACAACAACUUAAACUGAUAAAUCUAACCAGUGUCAUCGCUUUACUGAGGUCAGAGGUCACAGAUACUUUGUCACGCUAUGGGAAGUGUUGUGCAGAAUGAAUAUACGAUAUAUAUACAUAUAUAUAUUAUGAUUAUUAUUAUGAUUAUUUAUUGUGCACUUAUUUUGCUUUGCAUUAUUUUAUGACACUACAAUAAUUAGCACAUAUGGUUUUCAUUGCACUUGUAAAGUCACAUUUCAGAAUGACAAAAAUGCUGUCUCCUGUCUGAUGUAGAACAUAAUUCUUUGUUAUUCUCUCCUGCAUUUAUUUUUAUACCAUAUUUAAAGACACUUUUACUUACUUGUAUUAUUAAAGUUGGCCCUCUAUCUGUUUCUGCGG